AUGGACGAUCUGGGUAUGUGAUGGUUCAAGCGGGCUGAUCUCCUGUCCCAGGCUGGCUAACACGAUGUGUGUCCCGGGUGGUAAUUAGUGCUCACCCUGGCCCCCCAUGGUUUAAUAUUCUUUGUUGGCUAGUUUUCUGGGUGUCUGGGUGCAUAGCAUUACACUGGCCUGGGGGCUGCUUCCAUGUCUUACAAUGGCUCCCUGGACCACUGGCCACUACUUUACACACUAUUCAUUGACUAUUCAAUGCUAGCCAUGGCCACUGCUGACUGACAGCAAUGCCAUUAACCACUUGUUUGCCAGGGGGAGGGGGGGUGGGGGGUGAGCCAUGUCAAAGAAAUGUUCUGCCUCUUAUCAUUAAAGGGUUAAAUAAAAUUUUGCCCCAGUGGCAGUCUGUGUUUAGAAUGACCUGUGUUGGGCUGCCUUCAUGAAAAUGCAAUGUGUUGCACUAAGUUAGCCUCAGUGGCAGAAACCUCUGAUAUUUGUCACAGCCCAGAGUUUGCAAAGUAUAUAACGUGCAUGUGAUUAGAGGAGGAUGCAUCUUGCUCUGAUUAUCAGCUCUUAUUUUAUGCUCGUUCUCUCAGCAUCCAGUUGGUAAACAUACCAGCAUUAAAGCAUAACAUAUGUUUUCAUCACAGUGCAUGUUUCAAAGACUUGCAAUGGAGAAUGUUGAUCCUGCUUUUGCUGUAAUCCUUGUUUCUCGUGUUUUUUUGUUUUGUUUUUUUUUACACCAAAACUGAAUGUGCUGUUUAUAUUUGAUCUUUGUUUCAUGAUUUUUUUUUUUUUUUCAGUAACCUUUUUUAAUGUAUGUGCAAACAUAGUAUAUCUUUUGUAUUUGAGAGAUUUCCAUCUUGAUCACAAAAUGAUUUUUGUAUUCUGUUAAAAGAACCUUAAAUUGGUAAAUCAAUCUAUUAAAAUCAGUGCUAACUGAAGAGACAUUUCCACCAAGAAUCUUUACACAAAUUGUAUUGAGCCACAAACUGCUACUAAUAAUGAAAUAGUUAUAAAAUAUUUACAUGCUAGCUGUUCUUGCAUGUUUAAAGCUUUAAUGUAGUGACUUUUUGCAUAUUUAGAUACAUAUUUUGUAUGUAUUUUACAUUGGAGUUUGUUUUAAUUCCAGGCAAUUCAUAGGCCUAAUUAUUAUCGUCAUUAAGCUGAAGUCAAGUCCGUUGGCAGUUUUUUUUCUGUAGUACGAAUUCCUAAGCCUAAAAAUGUCAGAGCAGGAACUAUCUAAAUGAAAACUAGGAUAAGCCGAGUAUAAAUUGAUAUGAAAUACUGUAAUACUUUUGUGUUGAGAAGACAAUUUUGUGCUUGGACAAAGAUGCUCACUGAAACAGAUUUUGGGUGAAGCAAACAUUGUGGUAAAGCCUUAUUACUGACUGCAUGCUAAUAACACCCUCUGAGUGCUAACAUUGAGUGCAGCGCUUAGCCAUGUGUUGCUCAUGUUUCAUCCAAUCCAUGUGUUGCUCAUGUUUCAUCCAAUAAAAAAUUUUGCAUACACACGUUAGAACUAUGAAGAAGUUGAGUUAAGACAUGUUAACGGUAGCCCUUGGAAAGGUUACUGUUUAAGGUGUGUUUAUUUAAUCAAGGCACAUUCUGCACUAUUAAUACAUUACCUUCUUUAGACAGUGGAGAAAAUACAUGCAUAUAGGGCCCAGCAUCUGAUUUCAUGGCAUAGGGUUGCAUUUGUAAUCCCUCGAUUCUGAGUAUGUAGAAGUGUGGGAGGAACGGUGCUAUUUCUGGGGACAGUUUGUGUGCCUCUUGGACUCCAGUAUUUGCUUUAAUUAAGCGUAAUGUGGGCUUUCAGUCUUGGCAGGAUACGUGUGCUGUUGCCAUGUGUGUGGUGUAGACUGCUGUGACUCAGUAUGUGCCCUUCCUCCUGGCCCUGGAAUCCUACAGCUCGUGUUCAUAUAACACCCUACGACAAAUCGGGAUACAUGCUAUUCUAUUUCAUUUUUUCCCCUAGAAUUAUUUAUCAGUUCCAGCUAUAUUAUCUGGUUUAUGAAAGUUCUUUCUUUAUAUAGCAUCCAUAGAUUUUUGUUUUGUGCUAAAUCCUAAAAGAACUGUAGUGACGUUUUUGUUUGAUCAGCACAAGGUUUCUUUGAAGCAUAGCUUUGUUUUUGCUCCACUCAAACUUGUUUUUUACAGGCACUUUAGUAUUUAGAGUGUGAGCUUGUAUGUAGAGUAUUAACACGUUGAAAUGUGUUGUUACAUUACAAAUUAAUGACAUUAUGCAAUUCAGUAACUCAGAACAUCCAUACACUGGUGCUUUAUUGCUUUGUAGAGAUUACCGCAGCUACCCCCACAGUUUCUCUCUUCACCCACCCUCACUUAUUCUACUUUACUCCUGCACUUCUAAAAAAACCAACAUGCUUGGGUCUUUUACAUCAAGCGUCUUCACCGCACACUUCCCCUACACUUUAUCCUAGUGGAAUACGUUUGCUGAGAUUUAGUAGAGAUUUGUGCUUGUAUCUGUCUCCUGUCAGCAAGAUAGUACAUUGCACAAUCUGAUAAUAGGGGGGUGUUUGCUUACAUGCAUAAUGAGCGGGGAGAACGGCAUUUGCAGUUACUACCCCAAAAACUACAACCAACCGUUUUCUUCAAGCAGCAUUCUCUGUUGAGUUUUGUUUAGUUAAUGGUGAGUGGGAAUAACCCCACCUAUGCAUUUUAUUUGCAUUAAUUGGAAACUAGGUGCACUCAAUGUUGGUUACAUUUUGUUGUGUUUGGCGGCUUUUUUUUUUUUACAUGCCCUGCCCAAUUUCACUGUUUCCCUGCUUAAAACCACUGCUGUACAUAAUGAACUGACGUAGAUUUCUACAAGUGGUAGAUCAGCUAUUCCAUAAUACAAAAUAACAAUAUGAACUCCAUGUGCACAUCCAGCUCACCAGGUAUAUUGUUUUCAUAUCCAUUGCAAAAGUAUUGAAGGGUAAUUAAACCUACAUUUCAGUAUGGGCUCCUUAUCAUUUUAAGUUAAUUAGGGGUAGCUAUUCUAUAUGUGUUAUGUGUAUUUUAGUAGCAUUGAAGUGUUACUGAUUGAGGUAAUUCACGAAAGGAACGUCUGACUGAAUGUAGAUGGAUUUCAGCCUGUUUGGAGCAAAACUGAAAUGCAAGCUGAAGUAUGGAAAUACGCAGCCCAACGCAACAGUUAGGACCAUUCUGAUAGUUAUAGAACACUAUAGUCACCAAAACAACUUUAGAUUAAUUAAGCCAUUUUGGUGUAUAGAGAAUGCCUCUGCAGUCUCACUGCUUAAAGGUCCACUAUAGGCACCCAGACCAUUUCAGCUUAAUGAAGUGGUCUGGGUGCCAGGCCUAUCUAGGCUUAACCCUUUUUCCUGUAAACAUAGCAGUUUCAGAGAAACUGCUAUGUUUACCUUUGGGUUAAUCCAGCCUCUAGUGGCUGUCUCAUCGACAGCUGAUAGAGGUGCUUCCGUGCUUCUCACUGUGAUUUUCACAGUGCGAAGACACCAGCGUCCAUAGGAAAGCAUUGAGAAUGCUUUCCUAAGGACUGGCUGAAUGCGCGCGCGGCUCUUGCCGCGUAUGUGCAUUCAGCCGAUGACAGCGAAAAGGAGGAGGAGUGUUCCCCGCGUCGAGGGAGCCCGGCGGGGGAAAAGGUAAGGGACCCUUCCACCCCCUAGAGCCUGGCGGGAGGGGGACCUAGAGACCCUAUACUGCCAGGAAAACGAGUGUUUUCCUGGCACUAUAAUGGUCCUUUAAUUCUCUGCCAUUUAGGAGUUAAAUCACAUUGUUUAUGCACCCUAGUCAAACCUCCUUGCAUGUAACUUGAACAGCCUUCCUAAACACUUCCUGUAAAGAGUCAUCUAAUAUUUAUCCUUCCUUUAUUACAAAUUCUGUUUAAUUUAGAUUUUAUCUCCUACUCUAAUAGCUUGCUAGACCUAGAAGGAGCUUCCUGUAUGUAAUUAACCCCUUAAAGGAUCACUAUAGGGUCAGGAACACAAACAUGUAUUCCUGACCCCAUAGUGUUAAAGCCACCAUCUAGCCCCUCAUGCCUCCAUAAAUAUAGCAAAAUCUUACUGUAUUCAAGCCUGAAGCUGUAACUCUGCAUGCUGUUUGUGUCAGAAAAACAAGCAGUCUGCUGACAUCAUCAGAAGUGGUAGUCUGAUCCAAUCACAGUGCUUCUCCAUAGGAUUGGCUGAGACUGACAAGGAGGCAGAUCAGGAGCAGAGCCAGCAUGAUUCAAACACAACCCUGGCCAAUCAGCAUCUCCUCAUUGAGAAUAAUUGAAUUAAUGAAUCUCUAUGAGGAAAGUUCAGUGUCUGCAUGCAGAGGGAGGAGACACUGAAUGUUUGGAUGCAUUUUAGGCAGCCAUGACCCAGGAAGGGUCUCUAACAGCCAUCUGAGGAGUGGCCAGUGAAGUUAUCACUAGGCUGUAAUGUAAACACUGCAUUUUCUCUGAAAAGACAGCGUUUACAGCAAAAAGCCUGUAGGUAAUGAUUCUACUCACCAAAACAAAUUCAAUAAGCUGUAGUUGUUCUGGUGACUAUAGUGUCCCUUUAAGGACUGAGCCAAAUGUACACGUUUUGAUCAAAAUAAAAUAUAAACAAAACUUGGAAUUUGUUUGUUAAACCGUAAUUCACCUCUUUCAUGUUAAGUGCACUCACACUUAUUAUAUAUCAUUUUAUUAAGGAGAAAUAGGGCUUUCAUUUAACAUCAAAUAUGUAGCUAUGAAACAUAAUUUAAUAUGAAUAAAAUAUCAAAAAAUGUGAGAAAUUUUUCUUUAGUCUGCCAUGACAUUUUAACUGUGAAUGUCAUAAUACUGUUUGCUGUUUUACUGCAAUAAAAUACACAUAUUUGUAUUCAGCGAUGUCUCGCGAGUAAACAGUACCCUCUAUGUACAGGUUUUAUGGUGUUAUGGGAAGUUAUAGGGUCAAAUAUAGCAUGUUAGAUUUUUCAGGUUUUUUUUUUCACAUUGGAAUUCACCAGAUUGGUUACAUGGCUUUGAGACUGUAUGGUAGCCCAGGAAUGAGAAUUACCCCCAUGAUGGCAUACCAUUUGCAAUACUAGUCAACCCAAGGAAUUGCAAAUGGGGUAUGUCCAGUCUUUUUUAGUAGCCUCUUAGUCUCAAGCACUGACCAAAGUUAGCGUUAAUAUUUAUUUGUGUGUGAAAAAUGCAAAAAACUAAUUAGAACGGCAAUUUUGGGCAGUGUUUGUAAAUGUGGCUACUAAAAAAGACUGGACAUACCCCAUUUGGUAUGCCAUCAUUGGGGUAAUGCUCAUUCCUAGGCAACAUAACCAAUCUGGCGAAUUUUAAUGUGAAAAAACUAAAACACAAGCUUUAUAUUUGACUCUGUAACUUUUGAAAACACUAUAAAACCUGUACAUGAGGGGUACUGUUAUACUCAGGAGACUUUGUUGAACACAAAUAUUAGUGUUUCAAAACCGUAAAACUUAUCACAAGAAUUAUAUCGUCAGUGUAAGUGCCGUUUGUGUGUGAAAAAUGCAAAAAACAUCACUUUCACUAAUGAUCCCAUCUUUGUAACACAUUUUACUGUUUUGAAAAAGGUAAAUCACUGAUAACUAAGGCAGUAAAUAAUAAUGUGUGCAGCUACAUACAAAUACAAGCAAUCUGAAGAAGAAAAAACUCAAAAUAUAUAAAAUAGUAUGUGCGCUCCUAAACACUAUUCUGGUGGCAGUUCUUAUUUUUAUUAUCAAAGCAUUAUCGGCAGCUACAGUAUGUUGUGAUUGUGGUAUUUUACAUCUGCCUAUCUAUAAUUAUCAGGACUCUCUGGUAUAUGAAAAUUGCUUCUUGCAUAUAAAUUAUGUUAUUUGAGAGAGGUGUAAGGAUUUCAGCAAUAUUUUGUGAUUUCUUGAUUUUAUUUUGUAUUAAAGAAUUAUCUGUUUUCUCUAUUUUUGCUUUGUACAUUGUUUCAUUUUGCUUUGUACAUUGUUUAGGAGCGCACUUACUGUUUUGUGAACACUAAUAUUUGUGUUCAGCCAAGUCUCCCGAGUAAAACAGUACCCCCCAUGUACAGGUUUUAUGGUGUCUUGGAAAGUUACAGGGUUAAAUAUAGUGCUAGCAAAUUAAAUUCUAUGGACUUUCUGUCUGGGUUAUCAGGUAGGUCCCUCAAAUUGUAAUUAAUAGAAUGACUUAAUUAUGUAAAAAUAUUACAUAAAUAUAUUAUGAUAUUUCUAGAGCACCGUCAAAUUCUGCAGCGCUUUACAAUGGGUGGACAAACAGACAUGUAGUUGUAACCAGACAAGUUGGACACACAGGAACAGAGGAGUUGAGGGCCCGGCUCAAAGAGCUUACAUGCUAGAGGGAGUGGGGUAAAAUGACACAAAAAGGAUAGUAUUAGACUAGUGACAGUUGCAGAAGAGGAAUCAGUCAGGAGCUAUUAACAGUUUAUAUAUGUAGAAUUCAAAUAUAUAUAUUCGUUCUAAGUGUAUUUUGAUAUCAAAAUACAAUUAGAAAUUACACAUAUAUAUUUUAUAAUUUUUUCAUUUUUAACGUAUUUAUAUAUUUAUUUAUAAUAUAAUUCUACGUGUAUUUCGAUAUUUUUAUAUAAUUUAUAUUAAAAUACACUUAGACAGUGUGUGUGUGUGUGUGUGUAUAGAUAUGUAUAUAUUUUAAUUUUACUCUGUUUUAAAACUUUAUUUUAAUUCAGGCAGCAGGGGGACUACCUGUCAUUCCAGGCACUCCCCCUGAUGGUACAGCUAUGGACGGCUAUUCCGUCCAUGUGAUCGUGAGGUCCUCCUCGGGAUGCCAGGUAAGUUUCCUCCCCCCCGCCCCCAAUCACGAUCUCUGGCGUGGGAUCGCCGGCGAGCAGGUAAGUCCCCAUGGACUGCAUUGACCUGCUAUGCUGCCCACCGGCGUUUAGAGCAGGGUCCCCAAGGACAACAUAGCAUGCACGCUGUCCUUAAGGGGUUACAGUUCAAUUUACAAAGCAGGAGAUAAAAUCUAUUAAGGUAAGUUACAUCUGAUUGAAAGUGAAACCAUUUUUUUUUUUCCAUGCAAGUUGUCAGUCGGAGCCGGGGGAGGUGUGGCAAGGGCUGCAUAAACAGAAACAAAGUGUUUUAACCCAUAAAUGGCAGUGAAAAUUCAGAGGCAUAAUCCAUACACUAAAACCGCUUCAUUAAACUAAAUUUGUUUUGGUGACUAUAGUGUUCCUUUAACUGCAGGAAAGGGUCCAAUAUACCCCAAUAAUUGAAUUCAUAAUUUUUUUUAACAAUAUAAAUAAACAGGUUUGUAUUCCACCCCUCUCCCCAUUAAAUUCAUAUUUUGAAUUACUAUUUUAAGUGCUUGCCACUGGCUGAGCAUGCAGUGGACUAGUGGAUUUUGGUAGAUUAUGCAGUGCAAACAGUAAGUAAAGUGUGUGAAUUUGCUUUUUUAUUAGGUUUAUUCUGAGUGGAUCCUUUUUGAAAUUCAGUGCGAUAAAUAUGUGAACCUAAAUUUUACAUAGGAAUUGCAUGUGAAAAUUAUUUAUUAUAAAGCAGACCUGAAGGUAAAUGACGAGAUGUAUAUAUUCUUUCAGUUGAAAUAACACAAUUGUAAGCAAACUUGUAUUUAGUAAAUAUGAAUAUUGCAAUUUGGUCAAUUUAACCAUAUUUUGCUAAACCAGACCGUAUUUCAAACUAUUGUGAGUUGGUUUUCAUUUUGAAAUGAUGGGACAAUUAAAAAAAAAUUUUUUUUUAAAUUUCUUUCUUUUUUUUUUUUUUAAUUUCCCUACUUGGUGCAAUGAGGUAAUGGUGUUUUAAAAAAAUAAAUAAAAAUAAUAAUGAAGUGUUCAGUCUCCAUGUGUGGCAUAUUUUAGAGGUUUCUCUCUUUUCCUGUAUCUUUGUGGCAGGGUAGUUGAGUUUUUAUUUAAUGCUAUACUUUAACUCUAUGUAUAUCAGCUGGUUUCUGUCUGUGCCUAUUUCAGUUCUAACCUUUGGUGUAUGGAGCUGAAUGACACAAAAUGGAGGUGAAAUUGCGAGGGGGGAGGGGCAUUCUUGGCUCCAGAUAGAGGGGUGUGGGAGGAAGGGACUGCUUCCUUCCAUUUCUGAGCUUUGUUUCCUUCCAUUCCUAAAUGUUUGUGUACAUGUUGAAAUUUGGAUGGUUUGUUACCUCACUGGUAAAGAAUCUAAUUCAUGCCUAGUUCAGGAUGGAGGCAAUUGCCCAUGUUCUGAACCAUAAUAAAACCUUGAAUUUGAUCUAAAGGUUUGAUAAAAACUUUUAAAUUACAAAGUGCCCCAAUACAUAUUAUAUAUAUAUAUAUAUAUAUAUAUAUAGUCUUUUAAAGGACAGAAAAGGCUUUCAUCUAAUAUCCUAACACAACAAUACAUGUGAAUAAAAUGUUAAAAAUUGAGGACAAAUGUUUUCCCCCAUUUUUGCUUAUGAUUUGUACACAUCCAGUGCAACUAAUUAAAAAGGGCUCAAUAGAUUCAUAUAUCAGUCCUAAUUGUUAAAUUCCUAAUGUCUAAAGGAUCUAAACUAAUAGUUAACGCUAGCCCUAUACUGUACAAACUAACGAUAUACCAACCAUGCCCCUUAUCAUUGAAUCUAACCAUAUGUCUACUCUAAUCUUACCCUUAAUCCUACUCUUUCUUUACCCCUUAUCAUUACCUUACUGCUAACUCUACUCUUACCCCUAAAUUUAACCCUACCCUUACCCCACCUCUGUUCACAACCCUAAGGUAACCCAAUUGCUAAUUUUAAUUAGAAAAGGGUUUUACUAUUUAAUACAGUGGAUAAUGGUAUGUUGCCACCGUUUACUAGCCUUUUUUAGAAUGACAUUUGGUAUAAUUUUAAGUGAGGCUGGUUCCAAGCGUAUAAAGUGUGUGAAGUCAUAUCCGGCGGAUGCGCAGCAGCACGCAGAGGGGCAGUCUGUCUGCAGAGCACACCAGUCACUCCUCCUUACCUCCUGCUUGAAGUGCUAGAAGAGCGUCUAGCCUGCUUGACCAGAAAAGAAAAGGGCUGCAACUGGAGCACAGGUGGCUCAUCUUAAGGCAGGGGAAGACGGGAGGGAGGGGGCAGUGUAUUACAUUUGGGCGCAGUGUAUUGGAUUUAAGACAGUGUAUUAGAUUGGGUCUGCAUGGAGGCGCUGAACGCUCCCCAUGGAGAUGCUGAUUGGCCGCGCAGCGUUUUGCCACACAUCCAAAGUAGCCUCCCAAUGCUUUCCAGUGGAAGGCAUUGGAUUGGCAGAGAUCAUCAAAUUUGAGCCAAAAUGAAGAACAUACUCAUAGAACUUCAUAAAAUCAGCAAGAUAACGCCAUUUGUUUUUUUUACAUCUGUCUAACAGCAUAAAUUCACCAUUUCAGUCCCAUUACCAAACUUUUCUUAAUAUGUCAAGGUAGUUGGACUGAAACAGUGGUUAUAUUGAAAUGCACUUUUCCUUAAAAUAAAUUAGCGCUUUUGUUUACUUUGAAGCCCUACGAGGGUGAGGUAGUCCAGUGUCAGGUAACUUUUUUUUUUUUAUACUGGACUCUUCUAAAUAAGCCUACGUUUAUAUGAAAACUGAAUUUUUUUUUACCGCACACAUGAACGCAAACCUUGUUUAAAUGGCCUGUGUUAGUCUUUGCGUUUGACAUGCUUGCUCUACACGUGCUCUACAAGGCAAGAUGAAGGAUUGAGAAUUCUUUCUUUAAUAAAUACAUACUUCCAGAGAACAGUGGGAUUUUAAGUUUAAUUUCUCUUCCCUGUUUGAUAGCAGGGUAUGACUGUUUUCAUUCAGAAGUGUCUGAAAUUUCAGGUCGUGUUCCAGCCUGGUAUCCUGAUGUUAUGCCUUUGACAAGUUUUGAAUUGAAAGUGCAAUCCAGAAUAUUUCCUCUAUAUCAGAGAACAUUAAAUUCUGUUUUGAUCAAAAUGUGUUUAUAAUUUCCAGAUUGUGUCUUCGUUUUAAAGGGACACUCCAGGCACCCAGAUCACUUCUGCCCAUUGGAGAGGUCUGGGUGCCAACUCCCAAUACUAUUAACGCUGCAAGUGUAAUUAUUGCAGUUUUUUAAUAAACUGCAAUAAUUACCUUGCAGGGUUAACUCCUCCUCUAGAGGGCACUUCCGUGUCCCUAGCACAGGAAACCUGUGCUAGAACGUCGCUGGACGUCCUCACGCUGUGAGGACCUCCAGCGUCGCUCAUUUCCCCAUAGGAAAGCAUUUUCAAUGCUUUCCUAUGGGGAGCUCUAAUGCACAGUGGGUGGGAUCAGUCUCGCCCACCGGCUGACGCAGUCACUGGAAGGAGCAGCGGUGGAGGAAGAAGCAGUGACGUGGGACAUCGUCGCUGCCUCUGGUAAGUUACUGAAGGGGUUUCCACCCCUUCAGCAACUGGGUUUGGGGGGUGGGUGGGAGAGGGGACCUGCAGUACCAGGAAAACAGAUUGUUUUCCUGGCAUUGGAGUUUCCCUUUAAGGUGGUUCUCAUCUAGUCUAUUUUAUUUGUCUCCAUAGCAAGACAGCUGUCACAUUUCUUACAGGAGUUUGUCUUGUAUUAGUCUAGACUUGUUCCUUUUUAUAGAUUUGGUUAUCACAACCUUAAUUCCUACCUGACACACGAUUUCUCCAAGAAAUUCCCUACAUUUGAAUACCAUGGUGUUGCUGACCAGCAGCCUCUGGGGUACAAUGACUUGUCUCAGCAGAUAUUAUGACAUUAUCCUAUUGAAUUUUUGUUGAGGGAUUUUUUUCAUGUAAAAUCAAAUCUAAACAUUACAGUGUUUAGACGCACAGCAGACUGCAUCCUUGGAGCAUAAGUAUUAGACUAAAAUGAAACAAUAGUAAAAGUGAAACAUUUCAAGCCACUUGGUAAUCAAUAUACUUCUAUUACCCAUAAGUAAAUGCUGCCGUGUAUGAUCAGGAAUAAUGAAAAUUGUUUUUCAUACCAUAACUUUCUUUUCCUGAUCAUUAUACAUAGCAGCAUUAAAGGACCACUCUAGGCAACCAGACCACUUCAGCUUAAUGAAGUGGUCUGGGUGCCAGGUCCUUCUAGGGUUAACCCAUUUUUUUAUAAACAUAGCAGUUUCAGAGAAACUGCUAUGUUUAUGAAUGGGUUAAGCCUUCCCCCUAAUCCUCUAGUGGCUGUCUCAUUGGCAGCCACUAGAGGCGCUUGCGUGCUUCUCACUGUGAUUUUCACAGUGAGAGCACGCCAGCGUCCAUAGGAAAGCAUUGUAAAUGCUUUCCUAUGCGACGGGCUGAAUGCGCGCGCAGCCAGCCCAGGAGGAGGAUCGGAGGAGGAGAGGAGGCAGAGAGCUCCCCGCCCAGCGCUGGAAAAAGGUAAGUUUUAACCCCUUUCCUCUCCCCAGAGCCGGGCGGGAGGGGGACCCUGAGGGUGGGGGCACCCUCAGGGCACUAUAGUGCCAGGAAAACGAGUAUGUUUUCCUGGCACUAUAGUGGUCCUUUAAGUUCUACCCAUCUACUUUGAGAGUUUUGAAGCUAGUUACAAAGACUGCCAAUGGGGUGCAUCUAUAGCAAUUUUAGAGUUCCAUUUCCUGUCCUUUCUACUGUGAGGGGAGAUGCUAACCCAUAAGUAAAUGCUGCCAUGUAUAAUGAUCAGGAAAAGAACAUUACGGUAAGAAUUAAACAAUUUUCCUUAUUAAAGAGCUACUUGUAGCACUGGUUUCCUACACUACAAGCAAUUCAACAAAAAGUCAGGGGCCAAUAAAAAUGCCUCCUGCAAUCAGAGGCAUCCCUGGCUAUCUAUUGAUACCUGGGGCUUCUUGGUGUGAGCAAGGAUUUAACCCCACAAACAAAUAAUCUGCAUGGUGUUAUCUGCUCCCCAAAAGGCUUUUAAUCCCCCUUUAUGUAGGAUCCAAAUUUGCCUCCAGCGGUGAUGUCCACUCCCAGGCAGCAACCAGCAUCCGAAUAGUCACUUUCGGGAAGCGCAGAGUGCUGACUGGCAGGAGCACCGCUGGUUGGCUGAGAGUAGUCAGCUGACACUCAGCCAAUCAGUGACUCUCCAUUUACUAAACUGGCCUAAUUUAGAUGGUUGUUUUUCUACUAGGAGUGUCCCUUUAUUGAGGAAGUGGUAGCUUGAGCAGCAGUGGGAUUGGUGAUUGGCUGAGAGUGUCCGUUGAUAGUUUUCAGCCUAUCACAGUUGCCCAUAAUGGUAGCAUGAAUUGGUGUGGCGAAUAAAGAGUGUAAUCCUUCCUUAGCCUUGCCUCCAAUAGAGACUGGGUGGUGGGAGGCUAGCCAAGCCUAAACUAGGAUGAUCCAAUGAAUCAGAACAUCAUUUUAGUUGAAGGAAUGGCAUUUAUCUGUAAAAAGCACUAUUUCUGAGGAAGCGGAGGAAGUGUGCACAGCUCAUGAAAUGUGUUCGAUGAGACUUAGCAGCCCGAGAUCAUUACCACAUGUUGGUUGUUUUAAAAGGGAAGUAAAAAUGGAUAAUGGAAACAAAAACAUAAGGGCUUUUCCAUUGUUGGCCGAUGUCUCAUGUAGAUGCUAAUAUUAACCCCAAGAUGCAUUUUCAGUGAUUCAGACUAGUUGCAUUCUUGCUUUACAUAACCUCCAUUUUCUGGGUUAGUACUGUAAAAAUACUGUCAAAACAUGUAUAUUUAUUUUUGCAUUUUGUAAUGCUUGCCCUUUUAACUCUUAUGUGAUGGUUCGUCUGGCACUCCGACAGAGUGAUUCCGCCAAUUGAUUCUCCUAGUGCUCACAAAGGACCACCAGCACCGCACCAGACACCAUAAGCACUGCAGACCUCCCAACCGCCGCAGCUUGGUUGGGGUCUCUCCGUCUCCUACCCACCCUGGACCUCCUAAUGAUUAUCCAAGGGAUUAUGAUGAUCAUAGCAAUCCCUUGUAGUGAUAUAGUAGUUCCCUACAACACAAGACGAGGCUGCGAGUUGAAGGUCUGAAGGUUUAUUGGUACAGGUUGGAUUUAUAUACAAUUUCCUGGACCAGAGGAACACCCUCUGGACCUGAUGGGGCACCGGAUUACAAAAUGUACAGACCAAUAAAAGCAAUGUAACUAUGAACGACACUCCCACAUACAGUACACAGUCCCUCCCCUCUGCCUGUGAUACAAUUAGGCAGAUAAUACAUUAACUUAAUUAUCCCCAGUCAGAAAAAAACACAUUUUUAUAAAGUACCAUAAGUACCCCAAAACACAACAUAUCCCCAUAUUACAUCCCCUAAUAGCUCUGAUCUGGGUGAACAACAUAUCCAAAAAUCACCCAGAUGAGAUCAGGGGUUCAGAAAUUUUAUGGAAGUCAUAUUUUUGACCAGACGAACGCAGGAUUUCAUGCCUAAAACAGUUCCAUAGAUUCGUGACUAAGUGCCGCUGGAGGACUGACCGGGAACCACGAGGUUUUCAUGCCAAAAAUAGUUCCAGGGCAUUCGCAGCUAAGUCCCCCUGAAGUCUAUUUGCUGUUUUGGUCCAUUCGAACAAGAUGACCACCACCACAUGUUCAAAUGUCGAAUGGCGGCCACUUUGACUGUUCGGGAGUUCGAAGAACCAUUAUUUAAAGUCCCAAUAGCCACAAAUAGGGUCUCUCAGCCAAAACAAAUUAAAGGGGCCAUAGUCACAGGGCAAAAGGCUGGCAAGUAGUCCUCUCCAAAGCCCAGUGGCGAAGUGGAUUUUGUCACAACUUAUAUUGCCAGUUAAACUUUGUAUCCUUCCUGAGGGAUGUAACGGUACAGUAUUGCAGACAAUCCUUAAAGCGGCCCCUUUUAUUGCCUGGGGACCAUGCAGAACUUGCAAAAACCAUCUACAGUGGCCAAGGGGUAGGUAUAGGUGAGAUUUACUUACCUGAAACUGUCCCCCACAGGCCACUGCAAUCUUCUUCCGGUGGGUCCUCUUCAGCCUGACGUCACUGCUGUACCUGUAUGCUGCCGCAUGCUUUGCAACACAGCGGGAUGCUCCAUACGUAGAUAAAACCAAUUCCCUCCUAUAGUUACUUGUGAGGGCUGGGGGAUUGACACUUAUAGACACUGGGCAAAGCUACAGUCGUGUAGAAGAGUCAGGCAUACAAAAUAUGUAGAGAUAAAGUAGUCCCUACUUUGUCUGAUUAUAUCUCUUGGCUAGAUUGGAAUUUCAGUGAGAAUGAAUAUUUCACAAAGAUUCUAUCUUUAUGAAAUACUUGUGGGGGGUAGGGGGAGGGGGGGGGCGGUUACACACACAGUGCUGCUGUACAGGAACACAAUAGUGUUAGGAAUACAAACCUGUAUUACUAACUCUUUAGGAUUGUACUCCCCUUGCAAUGUGUCAUAUAAAAAUAAUUUAGAAUGUUUUUGUUUUUAGGCAUGUCCUCCCCUGAUGUGGUCCCAUCAAAUUUCAAUUCCUUUGGGGGCUUUUGCGUUGCAUGACUAGGUUUUACUCGGUCAGUGGCUGUCAUUGUAACAGCCUUUGGAGGUGUGCAUAAGCCUUCAAGGUAAAAAAAUGUUUCUGUAAAACUGCAAUGUUUUUUCCUUGAAGGGUUAAAUUGACGGGACCAAUUCACUGAGAUGAAGGGACCUGAGCGGUUUUAGUGGUCCUUUAAUUCAACCUUUUUUUUUUUUAUUUUUUUUUUUUUAUACAUGGUGUAAUUCCCAUGUAGGUUAUUGAAGAUCAUAAUCUGCAAUAAUUUGCUUCCAAGAAUGGCUAGGACUUCAUCCAUCUCUGAUGGAAGCAUCUUGUGAUCCACACACUGAUUAGCUCCUGGUGAUUUGUGUUGUGGGAUUUCAGAGAACUGUCUUCAAUUUGGAUUCACUUGUACGCAGACACACUGCUAGAUGAUGGGAUAUUAUCCGGUCCCUCUGAGACUAAUAUAUGCACAAUGAAGCUUGAGAGACUGUUUUGUUGUAAGCUGGCCUUGCUGUACUUGGCUUCCCAUUCCUGAGCAGUUACUCACUUUGUGAGUGGAUGAGGUUACAGAAUAUUAGGUUACAGCUUAUAGUGGUGCGUAAUGAGAUUUCUGGGCAUGAAGACACUGGGGCUCUGUUUCACUUUUAGCGGCUGGAUCUGUGCUGCUCAGUACAGCUGUUUGAAGAAUUGGAGUGAGUUGCAGACAUUCCCUUUUAGAAACGGCUUCAUGUACCCUUAGUGAACUUGUGAAUGAUAACUCUUAUGAACCGGCUAGGCUCCUUGUUUAGCAAGCAAUGAGUUCAUUCUGCGGGGAUGCAAACUUGUUUCUCAUAGAGGUUUUUUGUUUUUAUUUUGCAGAAAUGAGCAAUGUCUAUUCUGGCUGGUUUAUAGAGGUCCCUGUGUGGUGCUAGUGUUGUCAAGAUGCAGCGAGUGCCAACAUGUAGGGAAUGUUAAAACUUUUCUGUCUUGGACUUGGCAGGCUCCACAUCAUUUCUCCUGCGAUAGGAACAGACCCUCAGGGCUGUAUUACACUGAAAGCUGUGGAAUUUGAUCCUACAAUAACUGCCUUCUAACCCAUUCUAUGAGAAUUCUGCUAACAUUCCGUUAAUUUUCUCUGCAUGUAAUAUCUCCAUGUCAGAGUGUUGUGGGAGGCCACAGGUUAAUCAUGGAAUUUCAGAUUCAUCUUUUAAAGUGAAAGGAUUCUUCAUGGUAUGUUUAUGCUUUCUUUUGACCCAUACCAGUUAUUUUUGUAAACUAGCUGCGACCAAGCUUUAGAAAGCAGUUGAAUUUAUGCUGUAAGAGAGACAGCUCAGAAGUACAGUUAAAUAGCUUUUGUAUUUUAUUUUUGGUUAUUGCCUAUUGUUAAGAUGCAGUUUAGUUGUUUAUUGGGUCACAUUGUAAAGAACAUAUCUAUACAGCAGUUGAUUCAUAUGCAUUGUAAAAAAUAUUAAAGGAAAUAAGUAAAAGUUACUUUCCUUUAAAGCUGGGGUGCCUUAUAGGUAGAUCCCCAGAUGUUUUAAAACUACAGCUUCAAUGAUACUGUGUCAUUGUAAAAGCAUUCCAAAGAUAAGCAAAGCAUCAAGGGAGUUGUAGUUCUAUAACAUCUACCUUUUGGGCACAAUGAAAUGGUUAUGAGGCAUGGAGAUUCUGGACACCAUCUUACCUUAUGGGGUCAAACUGUUUUUAAUUGGUGUAACCUAAAAGUCUCCUGAUGGCACCCAUCCAUUUGGACCUGCCACUAGUGGGGAAUGUUCCCUUGGGUGCUGGUGAUCUUGGCCGAUAACUGGCUAUCCAAAAAGAGAAAUGCUUUGGAAAGGUACAUUCAAAACACCUGGAAUGAUGAUGCUGUGCACUGAUAAUUGGUGUGAUCGAGAAGCUUUUCUGUGAGAAACAUUCAAUUAGCGGAGCCAAAACUUAACUACAAAAGCAACAGGUUACAAAAAGAUCAUGCCUGUUUGAGCAGUCAGCCCUAUAAGUGACUUUGUCCUUCUAAUUGGCCUGUCUCAGCAAGCCAAUUAUCUUGAAGCAUCUAGAAUUGUUUUCAAUUCUUUUACGUAUAUGUUAAAAAAUAAAAAAUACAGAUCUUAGAUUGAUUACAAAAUUUUUCUUAUGGGUGUAAAAUUAAAGCAUUCAUACUUGCAUUCUGUACAUUCUUAACUGUUAACAGAAGUGCCUCCUUAAGCUGCAUAGAAAAUAUCCCAAAAUUUUGCAUUUCAGCAGUAAGCUUUUUAGGAACUCUGGGUGGAUGAGUCAAUAUGAGUUAUGCCUGAGUAGCUUGUGGUGAAAUAGAUGGUAUGCGUGGUGAGAUUUGCAUGCCGCUACCAGGUCAUGGUACCAGAUCAUCUAUUGAAGACUGUGUGAUGAUGAGUAGAAGGUGUGCUUUCUUGGAAGAAGUGACAGAACUGGGCGUCAGAGAAAUGUAUCCUGUUGCACCACAUUUCCUAUUUACUGAAUGUUUCCGUAGAAUAAACAGAUUGGGAAAGAACCAUAUUAAUCAUGUGUUGCUUAAUAUCUUAGUUGUUAGAAAUUGUUAGCUUAAAGGCAUGAUUUGCAAACCAAGAUUGCCAAGAAUGCAGAUAUAUUGCUUAGGCACAACUGAGAGUUGUUUAAGGCUGAAUUUGCAGCAACAUUUCGUGCUUUCUUAUGAAAUGCAAGAAUAAUACCUGGAUUUAAUGGGAAAGCAAUUCAGUGCAGGUAUUACAGAAUUAAUCUAAGGCAAACUGAGUUGCAGAAGAUAAUGUAAUAAGACCAUUGUAUGUGUAAUAUACAACAGGCUUGUUUAUCUGUGAUAAUGAGGAUGCCAGGAUUGGGUUGCACCUUUUCUGUGUCUCCUGUCUCCCUUUGCACCAAGAGAGGGUAACACACACUGUCCUACCCCAUUACAAUAUGGAUCCUUUUUGAAACGCUAUUGGUUUUAGGGUAAAGAGUACGUAUACAGGUUGUCUUGCUGUGAUUUAAUGCUGAGAUUCCUAGGACCACCUAUUACCCUUGCACAAUUUUCUUACUCCCAGUUACCUCUCACUUCAUGUGCUAUAGGAUAGAUCUUAAAGCGUCUCUGUAACCUCACACGUGCCUUUCCUCAAUUGAUUCUUAUUCUCUCUCUGAAUCCGUUCAACUUUAUUCCCCCCUUCUUAAAAGACACAAGGCAAAAUACAAACUGCUUUGUCAAACGGAGGAAAAAUACAUAAGAUAAAGAGCAGAGUUUAAGGUUAGCUCCACUUUUUUGUCAAGACUCAUCUUGAGUCUCCCAUGACCAUUGGAGCAGAAGGAGUUUAUAGAAGCAUAGAAUGUGACGGCAGAUAAGAACCAUUCGGCCCAUCUAGUCUGCCUAAUUUUCUAAAUACUUUCAUGAGCUUGCAUAAAUUGGGUGCUGCUGGGGCCAAUUUAUCAAAACCUUGAUAAAAGUUUGAAUAGACUGAAACGUCGACUUACAUAGUGUGGAUCACUGUAUUUGCUCAAUAAAGCAACAGUUUGGAAUUCAUUAUAAAGACUCCAGAGUGUCCUCUGCUUGGAUUUUUUUAUAUUUAUAUAUAAUAUGUGUGUGUCUGGCACUCUACCUCAAAAAUCCACAAUAUGAAAAAUAUACCAAGGUGCUCAUCAGCGCUGAAGCUAUAUUCCAAUAAAAGAGAUGAACGCAUUCACUGGAUUCAAAAUAAAUUAUGCUUUAUAAGUUUCAAAAAGUCAACGUUUUGACCUUAUGGUCUUGAUAAAGAUGACCGUAAGGUCGAAACGUUGACCUUUUUUUGCAACUUAUAAAUCACAAUUUAUUUGGAAUCCAGUUAGUGCGUUCAUCUCUUUUAUUCGGAUGUCCGUCUGUCAUAUAUAGUUAUAGGGUAAUCUAGGAGAUUCAUCACUAGAGAAGUAGAAAGUGGGAGUUCAUAUCACCAUCUGUGCUGUGAGAAAUAGUGGACCCAUUUCGCAGAUCCUUGGUUAAAGGGCUUCUUUGAGCCUCUGCACACAAUACCAGCAGUGCUGGUGGUACUUUCUUGCAAUUAGAGGGUCCAUUGAGUCUCACAGGAUUUUUCACAUAGUGUGUUUUGUUUAAGAGGGCUCCAGUAGAUUUUCUUUAAAGUGGCACUGUCCCUGCCUGGCGAAUUUGCAAAGUCCCCCAUUGAUGGCUGCCACCAUCUUUGUCAUGCUGCUCCUCUUUAGUUCAUGGCUCUUCAGCACCAGGAUCCAACGUCACUAUUGUACUCUCACGCAUGUGCAAAAAUACACCAUUGAGGUCUAUGGAGGAUUCCGCAAGACCACAAGAUCCUUCAUAGACAAAGCCAAUUCUUUGCAGCUGUCGGGAUUGCCCCUUGAGUCUAAGAAAGUCAGACGGAGGUGGAAUAUAGAGGCAAGGUAGACCCUACUUGUGCUGCUUUAACUGUGUUCCUGAAAGUAUAUAGCAUGCAUCAGUCCUCUGUAUGGCUCUAGACAUUGUAAACUUGUUUCAAAAGGGUUCUCCUUAACCUCUUGUCUCUUCUUCACAUUUGUAAUAGUUUGCAGAUGUUUGCUGUUUUUUUAUUCCUCCUUUGUAAAAUCGUUGAGUGCUGCACAAUAUGUUCGUGUUCUAAAAAUGCUGAUAAUCCACAGUAUUGUUUCUAUUGUACUGUCUCCAUAGUCACAUCUAUGUCACACAGAUCACAUAGAACAAGCAUCAGUCACCAUCAUUUUCCCCAGAUCACUAACCGUAUCCUUUGUCACAAUCUCUCACACACAGUACAGAACAUCCAGCAAUAACCCUGGUCAUGCUAACAUCACACACUAACCAAGUGGGCAGAGACAAAGCACAGAGUAUUGCUGUAAGUCAAACAAACAGAAGUAUGCAAUUGACUUUAAUUCACUCCAUAUGAUCACGAACAUACCACAACAAGAGGAUAUAGUCUUAAAUUAGAGGGGCAAUGGUUUAAAAAUAUUUUCAGGAAGUAUUACUUUACUGAGAUGGUAGUGGAUGCAUUGAAUAGCAUUCCAGCAGAAGUAGUAGAGGUUAUCACAGUAAAGGAGUUUCGUCAUGCGUGGGAUAGGCAUAAGGCUAACUAUAAGUUUAGGCCAGGGACUAAUAAAAGUAUUUAGAAAAUUGAGCAGACCAGAUGGGCCGAAUGGUUCUUAUCUGCUGUCAUAUUCUAUGUUUCUUUGAAUUAAGCUAUUGUAUGCCUUUGUAUUUUUCUGGACAGUAGUUUAAGUAUAAAUUGAUUGUAUCACAGGCACUGUUCUUUUCACUGCCUUAGUCUGAACCAAAUAAUUUGUCAGCAAAUAUCCUACUGCUUGGGCACACGCCAGAUCUGGCCACAGUCAUACAAACGCUCACUCACACCUUCCCCCUUCAUUUUUGUCAGGAUGAAAGCAGCUAGGCAUUUCCUGGGUGUGUAUCCAGCUGAUGGCCUUUAACCUUUGCUUUAUGCCUUUACUGUCUCAGCGGUACUGUAAUACAAGCACUGUAUGUAGUCUGACUGAUCAGGAAAUGACUGGGUGUUACUCAUUGGAUCAGAUUUACACUGUUCUAUUAAUUUUACUUCUCAGACCUGCCCUAUAUAUCCUGUUUAUUUUCGUUAGUUUUUAUAUUAUAGACAGUACAUCUCCCCUGUAAAUAGAGGAUAAGAUAAAGUAAUAAUGGAGCAGGGUUUAUAACAGUUUUAAAGGGACAUUAUAGGCACCCAGACUACUUCAGCUCAUUUAAGUGGUCUGGGUGCACUGUUCCGGGUUGCUCAACCCUGCAAAGCUAAUUAUUGCAGUUUUUAAGAAACUGCAAUAAAUACCUGCCCAGGUUAACUCCACCUCUACUGGCUGUCUACCAGACAGACAGUAGAAGGACUUCCAGGUUGUUGCUAUGCAUGAGGACAUCCAGCGUCACCCAAAACACCAUAGGAAAGCACUGUAUAAUGCUUUUCAACGGGGUAAGUCCUAAUGCGAUCAGCGCGCAUGAGCAUUAGGUCCCACAGCCUGCUGACGUCGGCAGGGGAGGAGUGGAUGCAGAGCCUGAACCAGCGCAGUGGGACAUCCGCACUGAAAUUUGUUAAAGGACCAUUAUAGUGCCAGGAAAACAUACUCGUUUUUCUGGCACUAUAGUGCCCUGAGGGUGCCCCCACCCUCAGGGUCCCCCUCCCGCCCGGCUCUGGGGUUACUUUUUUUCCAGUGCUGGGCGGAGAGCUCUCCUCCCAUCCUCCUCUUCUCCUCUCCCCGCCGGCUGAAUGCGCACGCUGCAAGAGCUGCGCUGCAUUCAGCCGGUCACAUAGGAAAGCAUUUAUAAUGCUUUCCUAUGGACUGGCGCAGCUCACUGUGAAAAUCACAGUGAGAAUCACGCAAGCGCCUCUAGUGGCUGUCAAUGAGACAGCCACUAGAGGAAAUAGGGGAAGGCUUAAAGGACCACUCUAGGCACCCAGACCACUUCAGCUUAAUGAAGUGGUCUGGGUGCCAGGUCCAGCUAGGGUUAACCCAAACUGCUAUGUUUAUGAAUGGGUUAAGCCUUCCCCCUAAUCCUCUAGUGGCUGUCUCAUUGACAGCCACUAGAGGUGCUUGCGUGCUUCUCAUUGUGAUUUUUUGACCGGCUGAAUGCGCGCGCAGCUCUUGCCGCGCGUGCGCAUUCAGCCGACGGGGAGGAGGAUCGGAGGAGGAGAGCUCUCCGCCCAGCGCUGGAAAAAGGUAAGUUUUAACCCCUUUCCUCUCCCCAGAGCCCGGCGGGAGGGGGUCCUUGAGGGUGGGGGCACCCUCAGGGCACUAUAGUGCCAGGAAAACGAAUAUGUUUUCCUGGCACUAUAGUGGUCCUUUAACCCAUUCACAAACAUAGCAGUUUCUCUGAAACUGCUAUGUUUAUGAAAAAAUGGGUUAACCCUAGAAGGACCUGGCACCCAGACCACUUCAUUAUGCUGAAGUGGUCUGGGUGCCUAGAGUGGUCCUUUAAGUGACAUACAGUUUUUAAUCCCUUUAGCACUUUCAGGACGUGGCCACGAGGGAGCUACAGUUCCAGGAAAACAACUUUGUUUUUCUGGCACUAUAGCUUCCCUUUAACUUUAACUUGCAAAACUGGACUCUAAACAAGAGAUGUUGUACUUUCUUUUAUAGAAACUGUAGAUGCUAGCUCUCUGUGUGGAAUUUUUUCCUAGUGUAAAAUUGUAGCAAUUUUAAUUGUGUGGAACUAAUCAUUGGCUUCUUUCUUUUCUGAAUCAUCCAUCCCCAGGAUCCUACAGAUCCAUAUUGUAACGCUGUUUCUUAACAAACACUACCACUAUGGUUAGCUGCCCUAGGCCAGUCAAAGCUUUACACCCCCUCCCCUAUACAAACUUACACACACACUUAUGCAUAUCAACAUACACUCACAGUUACAUACAUUGAAAGAUAUCUGCAAACCUACAGUAAUUCACAUGCAUACAGAUUAAUAUAGUCACAUAUACACACAUGCACAAACAUACAAACAUGGUCAUGCAUAUUCACAGAAUACUGUGUAAAACUGAAAAAAAAUAGGCCCAGGCUUUUUAAUAGAGCAUAUGACUUGGGCAUGUUUCGGUCGUGAUCUGUAAACUUUAUUUAUGCUUUGGUAAAGGUCACAGUUAGUGAUUAGUGACGAAAACAUUGCCUGGGUGAUGUGCUCCAGUAGUAAGGUUGUUUAUGUGGAGUGCUUGGACAUAAUUUGUUAUGCAUAGUAUUAGUUAGCAGUUGGGGGGUCACCUCCGCUGUGUGGAGAACCGCAGUUUUGAUGUAUAGAACAUGCCCCUGCAGUCUCACUGCUCAGUUCUCUACCAUUUAGGAGUUAAAUUACUUUGUUUAUGAACCCUAGUCACACCUCCCUGCAUGUGACUUGCACAACUUUCCUAAACACUUCCUGUAAAGAGUCCUCUAAAGUUUAUCCUUUCUUUAUUUCUUUAAGUUCUGUUUAAUUUAGAUUCGUAUCCCCUUGCUAGACCCUGCAAGAGCGUCCUGUAUGUGAUUUUAAAGUUCAAUUUACAGAGCAAGAGAUAAAAUUGUUUAAGGUAAAUUACAUCUCAUUGAAAGUGAAACCAUUUUUUUUUUCUUUUUUUUUUUUUUUCUGCAGGCUGUAUCAAUUAGAGCCAGGGUAGGUGUGGCAAGGGCUGCAUAAACAGAAACAAAGUAAUUUUACUCCUAAAUCUAAGGCAUGAUCUAUACACUAAAACUGCUUAAAGGACCACUAUAGUGCCAGGAAAACAUACUUGUUUUCCUGGCACUAUAGUGCCCUGAGGGUGCCCCCACCCUCAGGGUCCCCCUCCCGCCCGGCUCUGGAAAGAGGAAAAGGGGUAAAACUUACCUUUUUCCAGCGCUGGGCGGGGAGCUCUCUGCCUCCGUUCCUCCCCGUCGGCUGAACACGCAAGCGUGGCCAGAGCUGCGCGCGCAUUCAGCCGGUCGCAUAGGAAAGCAUUAUCAAUACUUUCCUAUGGACGCAUGCGUGCUCUCACUGUGAUUUUUCACAGUGAGAAUCACGCAAGCGCCCCUAGCAGCUGUCAAUGAGACAGCCGCUAGAGGCUUUGGGGGAAGGCUUAACCCAUUUAUAAACAUAGCAGUUUCUCUGAAACUGCUAUGUUUAUAAAAAAAAAAUGGGUUAACCCUAGCUGGACCUGGCACCCAGACCACUUCAUUAAGCUGAAGUGGUCUGGGUGCCUAGAGUGGUCCUUUAAUUAAAGGGACACUAUAGUCACCAGAACAACUACAACUUAUUGAAUUUGUUCUGGUGAGUAGAAUCAUUACCUUCAGGCUUUUUGCUGUAAACACGGUCUUUUCAGAGAAAAUGCAGUAUUUACAUUACAGCCUAGUGAUAACUUCACUGGUCACUCCUCAGAUGUCUGUUAGAGAUCCUUCCUGGGUCCUGGCUGCCUAAAAUGCAUCCAAACAUUCAGUGUCUCCUCCCUCUGCAUGCAGACACUGAACUUUCCUCAUAGAGAUUCAUUGAUUCAAUUUAUCUCUAUAAGAAGAUGCUGAUUGGCCAGGGCUGUGUUUGAAUCAUGCUGGCUCUGCCCCUGAUCUGCCUCCUUGUCAGUCUCAGCCAAUCCUAUGGGGAAGCAUUGUGAUUGGAUCAGGCUACCACUUCUGAUGUCAGCAGACAGCUUGUUUUUUUGAGGCAAACAGCAUGCAGAUUUACAGCUUCAGGCUUGAAUACAGUAAGAUUUUGCUAUAUUUAUGGAGGCAUGAGGGGCCUGGGGGAGCUAGAUGGUGGUUUUAACAUUAUGGGGUCAGGAAUACAUGUUUGUGUUCCUGACCCUAUAGUGAUCCUUUAAGAUAGUUAUUUAGGUGGCCAUUGUGUUCCUUUAACCCCUUAAGGACCAUACUUCUGGAAUAAAAGGGAAUCAUGACAUGCCACACAUGUCAUGUGUCCUUAAGGGGUUAAUGCGAUUUUCUGCACUGAAUAUAUUAUUUGAUUGCAGUCCCCUGCAUUGACUAUUGUAUUUAAUGCACACUCCCUUUUGGUGAAUAAACCUUCUACUCCUCUCCUCUAUAGCUUACCUUUGUGGGUGCCGCCUAGAGAGGGGAUUGGAGUAAUAGCAAUUUCUGGUGUCUAGUGAUGAUAAAGCAGGGACGUUUCCGUCUUUCUUCUCUGCAGAUAGUUUACAGGCAGUGGGUGUUAGCAUAUCACUAUCACUUGCUACCUCUGUUGGUGGUUUGAGGUUCGAUUAAGCACACAGUUUUGAGAAGCAGCCACUAGUUUAAAACAAAAAGUAAUAAUAAAAAUACUGCCACCCUGUAUCUAGUCGGCCCUGCUUCCUCCCUGUUUGAACUCAAUCGAUUAUGCGAUUUCUCACUUUCUUACCAUUCCAUAUGAUUUGUCCUAUUUCCCUUCUUUCAGUCUCCCAGUAGAUAAUGUCACUACUCACACCCAUUCCAUAUAUGAUUUUUUUCCUCACACACUCUCAGUAACCUUUUCCUGUACUUCAUUGAAAUAUUUUUGUGUAUCCAUAGCAAUUCUCUUUACCAAACAGCGUAAUACUUCCUCGCCAUUCCAUACCAAUCCUAUUUCCACGUCAGUCCCCUCUGCGCUUUUCUUCCACAUUAGAGUUCCUUCACAUGCUACUAUUUCACAUCAGCUCCCAUUGUUCUUUCUUUAAUUAUAAGCUUGUUUGGGCAUGGCCCUCUUCACUUACUGAUCCCGCAUUUCAUACAAGUUGUGUAAGAAUUAAAUGUUGUUACAUUGUUUAGAUUUUGUACAGCGUUGCAGAAUAUGUCGGCGCUAUAAUAAAUCAUUUAAAUUCAACACUGGCUGUGCCCCUCAUGAUCUGUCACAAUAAACUUUCUAUUUCCAUGUCAGGUUUUCCUUCUUUCUGCUUUGGUAAAGUAUCAUAUCAUCAUGCCUCUAAGACCUGGAAAUAGCACUUGUGUCCUAGGUUUUCCAUUUCAGCUGCAUCGUCUCUAUCUCUGUGCUCUCUCUCUCUCUCUCGCUGCUGACCAUUUAGGUUUCUAUAUUACUGUUUAUUUCAUUUUAUGUUUUUCUUAUGAAGCAUACACGGUUUGGUUGUUUAGUUUUACAGGUAGUUAUGUAUGUUACACUUAAUUGUUCUAUUUUUACCACUAGGAAUAGUUCAGUGCUAUUUUUUGCAUAUUUUAUGUCCACUGGAAGCACCUGGUACUAUUGCAAUAUUUUGCUUGAUGUUCUACUGUGCAAGUUUUAUCCCUCUGUGAAGCUGUAUAUGUUAUUUAACAGAAUUCUAAAUUCUAUUAUUCCUUGCUUCCCAAAAUAGCAGGUUCUAGUAGGGUGAGGUUAUUUAAGGUGCACCUCAGUCUCCUCUGGUUAUACUCUACUCUGUCAUAAGUAAAUGCUAGCACAGUGUAGAAAGAAUGUAUAGACUCAAACCACAUUGUAAACGUAUAUGCAUUAAAGUUUUACUAGUCAUCGUUUAAGUCCUUACUUGAUUAUAAAAAUAAGCUGUUUAUUAGAUUAUUUAUAAACAAACUUGCAUGAAAUUUUUCCCCCUCUUCUAGAUUGAUAAUCCGUUUAUUGCAGAACAUGUAGAUCGCUCUCUUGCCAUGGCUGGCCCUACUUCCAUGACUGAGGUUAUGUGUUUUAAUGAUCUCAGCCAAUCAAAUACUUUCCCAUAGGAAAGCAUUGGGAGGCCAUUCCAUUGUGCAUGCGCAGGAAAAUGCCAAUCUAUCUUCAUCUCCUCAUAGAGAUGUGCUUAAUCAGUGCUUCUCUUUUGGGAAUGUUAAGCGCCUCCAUGCAGAGCGUGGAGACGCUGCACACUUUGCAGGAUUGACAGAAAUAGCAUCUCUAAUGGCCCUCUGACUGCAACUAGAGGUGUUACUAGGCAGCAAUGCAAACACUGCCUAUUCUCUUAUGUUGAGCAUAUUCAGGGACAUUUUAGCGCUGAGAUGGUGUUUUAAAGUUUUGGAAUUGUAGACUGACUAGGAGGUUUUUUGUGUUUUUUUGCUGUUGACUGAUUCUUGUGCUUUUUUUUUUUUUUUCAUUAUUUUCUACUUUCUUACUUGAAACAUAUUAUAUGCACUUUGCACACUUAUCUAUUAAUUAUUCUCAUGGCUAUCCUGGAAUGAAAACAUGCUUUUGUUGACACUGACAUUUUUUUUAUUUCAUAUUUGAAAAUGUAAAACAAAAUAAAUGAAACCUGGGUUCUAAAACAAGUAGGUCAGCAGAUACAAACAAACUUUGAGUUUUGAUUAAAUAUAGUGAUGGGACUUUGCACUUAUUUAUUUAUUUUCUUGCUGCAGAUGCUUUAUUGGCUGAUCUGGAAUCCACUACAUCUCAUAUUUCCAAGUGCCCUGUGUUUUUGUCAGAAGAAACCCCAUAUUCCUUUCCCAGUGGUGGUUAUAAUACAUAUCAGGAAAUCUCUGUGUCGGCUGCUCCAGCCAGCGAGGCUCUCAAUGGCACAGUCAGUGAUUCAUUGGAUUCCUGGAAAGGCAGCUCAUCUAAAUACAUCCAGCAGCAGGUACAUUACCUAUUAAAUUGCAAAGUGAUUUCAGGAAUCUCUUUCCUUUCUUUUCAGCCAUGUAUGUUGUAUGGAAGUGGCAAGCUUAAGGAUGUGUCUCCAGAAUUGAAUCCAGCCUUUUAUGAUGAAUUUCCAUUAAUGGGUCACUCUAAGAAUCAUAACCAGCUCAUAUUAGUGGUUACUGAGCACUUUCCUUCCGUCUCCUACAGCCAAUCCUUUGCUUGUACCUCAUUCAUUGUGGAAGUGAAAGUCUGCAUUGGUCUGUCUACUGUUGAGGUAACAGUAAUGGAAUAGGUACCAAAAUAUUAGGUGUCCAAGUAACACCACUGUACCACAUUCUUGACAGGUCCUAUCCUAGCAGCCUAAUGCCUACUCCCUAGUUUUGGACCAAUCACUGUUACAGGUGCCUAUUUAAAGGAACACUAUAGGAUCAGGAACACCAGUGUGUAUUCCUGACCCUAUAGUGUUAAAACACUAUUUAGGUUGCAGCCCCCCUCUUCUCCCCCCCCCACGAAAUAAUAUAUAUCUAUAUUCAUAAAUAUAUACGUAUAUAUCACUAUAUAUACACCUAUAUAUAAAUGAAAAUAUUAAAAAAAAUUAUAUAUAUAUAUAUAUAUAUAUAUAUAUUCACAUACGUGUAUGUGUGUGUGUAUAUAUAUAUAUAUAUAUAUAUAUAUUAAUUCUACAUAUAUAUUUAUGUAAUAUUUUUACAUAAUUAGGUAUCUUAAUUACAAUUAGCGUGACCUGCCUGACAACCCAUGCCGAAAGUAAAGGGAAUUUAAUUUGCAAGCACUAUAUUUAACCCUAUAACAUAAAACCUGUACAUGGGGGGUACUGUUCUACUCGGGAGACUUCGCUGAACACCAAUAUUAGUGUUUCAAAACAGUAAAAUGUAUUACAACGAUGAUAUCUCCAGUAAAAGUGACGGUUUUUGCAUUUUUCACACACAAACAGCACUUACACGGACGAUAUUGCUGUGAUACUUUUUACUGUUUUGAAACACAAAUAUUUGUGUUCAGCGAAGUGUCCCGAGUACAACAGUACCCCUCAUGUACAGGUUUUAUGGUGUUUUCAAAAGUUACAGAGUCAAAUAUAAGGCUUGUUUAAUUUUUUCACAUUAAAAUUCGCCAGAUUGGUUACGUUGCCUUUGAGACCCUAUGGUAGCCCAAGAAUGAAAAUUACCCCUAUGAUGGCAUACCAUUUGCAAUAGUAGAGAACCUAAGGUCUUGCAAACUGGGUAAGUCCAGUCUUUUUUAGUAGCCACUUGGUCACAAACACUGGCCAAAAUUGGCGUUUUUUGCAUUUUUCACACACAAACAAAUACUAACGCUAACUUUGGCCAGUGUUUGAGACCAAAUGGCCACUAAAAAAGACUGGACAUACCCCAUUUGCAAUACCUUGGGUUGUCUACUAUUGCAAAUGAUAUGCCAUUAUGGGUGUAAAUUUCAUUCCUGGGCUACUAUAAAGUCCCAAAGGCAACGUAACCAACCUGGCGAAUUUCAAUUUCAAAUGUAACGUGCUAUAUUUGACCCUGUAACGUCCCAAAACGCCAUAAAACCUGUACAUAGGGGGUACUGUUUUACACGUGAGACUUUGCUGAAUACAAAUAUGUGUAUUUUAUUGCAGUAAAAGCAAACAGUAUUAAGACAUUGACAGUUAAAAUGUCAUGUAGAACUAAAAAAAUAAAAAAAAUCUUAUUUUCUCCCAUUUUUUUCAUAUUAAAUUAUGUUUCAUAGCUAAAUAUUUGAUAUUAAAUGAAAGCCCUGUUUCCCCUGAAUAAAAUGAUAUAAAAUAAGGGUGGGUGCAUUUAAUAUGAAAGAGGUGAAUUACGGUUGGACAGACAUGUAGCGCAAAUGCCAGAUUUUGUUUACAUUUUGUUUCGUUCACAACGUGUACAUUUGGCUCAGUCCUUAAGGGGUUAAUUCUUCCACUGGGUAAGUUUAUUAGUUCUUAGGCAAUACUGUGCUUCGGCACUUCGACAUUUCGGAAAUUCGGUGACUUCGGCAAUUCAUCUAUUCGGACAUUCGGAAGUACCCAAAUGUCCGAAUUACCCAAAAGUACUACAAAGAUGGUGACUAGUCUCGAUGUUCCCAGGAGUGGCUCAAAGAUAAAUUUGCUGGGAGAGAAAAUAGAACACACAAACACAACCUCAAUAUGAACACUGAUAAGGCACUUUGUGCAAUGAAAAUGGCAGCAGGCACCUAAAAAUAAAAUUCAGUCUAAUUCUAGAGUGUAACAUUUCAAAAUGUGAAAAUGCUCAAGUGGUGUUAAUACUUGGCACUGUUUCCUUUCAUUGUGAAUACUUAGUACAUAACUUAUCUGUUUGUCAUUUAAUUUCUUUAUGAACUUUUCAUUUCGUAAAAUAUUUUUCUAAUCCGUCCGGCAUACACAAUAGAAACUAGGGACAAAUGUGAAACACAAUAUUUGUAUUUUAGCAACAUACACGAAAUCUGCUUUUCCAAUAAUUACAUGGAAUGAUGGUUAUAAAUAGAUAUAUAAUUUUUACCACUGCCAUCUCUGCUGGUCAGAAGAUGUGGCUUUUAAGAUAUCCUUACCAAAACUUAAGAUGCCUUAUGUGGUUACUUUGUUUAGGUGAAAGGUAGCAAUGUUAAAUAUUCUAUUGAUAAACAACUUGGUGUCCUGUCCAGAAGUAAAUGGGAGGGGAGAGGGGGGGACGAGAGGGCAGGGGGAAUGGGGUGUAUUUACCAAUGCUGUACUGGCGACUUAUGGGGAAAUUCAGGAUGCUUCUACCCGCACUCAGAAUUUUCUUCAACAGAUCCGUAUACACUCCAGUCUGUGCAUAGGGCACUAAAAAAGUACAGCACAGCAAAUACAAUAGUUAACUUUUAGUUAGGCAUUUGGUUGUGCUAAACAUUUAGGAAGGGAUAGUUACUCCAAACUAAAAAAAAAAAAGGGUUCUCUCUCCACAAUGUACUGUUUCACUAACAUAUAUAACCUUAAUGAAAUACUGAUUGUCUGUGUUGGAAUUUCAUUGAUACCGUUUCAAGAUACCGUUAGACAAAGUACUACUUUGUCUUUUGGUAAAGGCUGAUGUUGACAUGAGUCAGAGCUGUACUGUCAACUUUUGUCAAAUCCCUGCAGAUGUCACAAAUGACAGCUGUGGAAUUCUGGCUCUCUAUGGAGGGUCCCAUGGGAUCUCAGUGUUGCAUGUGUGAGAGUACAGCACUGACGUAGCUACUGGCAACUGAAGCAUCAGAAGUAAAAAUGGACAUGCAGCAUAUAAGAUGGGGGCCAUGAGGGACAAUACUUAAAAGCUGAAUAUAAUGCAUAGUUUAGACAUGUUCUGGUAGUUAUUUUCAGGUGAAAGUGACUGCAGGACACACAUUUUUUUGGGCAGUUGUAACAGUCUUAGUGUUGGCUGCCUGUGUUGUUUUGCCAUGUGACAGUCUUCUUUUGCUGUGUUUCAGACGCCUCUGUACAGCUCCUCUGCCUCCAAGGAGGCUGUGGGAUCUCCCAGCACCGGAGAAGAGGAACAUGUGUACAGGUAUGUUGUAACACCUGCUUAACAUAACCACUUCCUCUCUAAACUGCAACUGAAGAGUAUAUAUUUUGUACCACUUCCUGCCACCAAUCUAAUAUUUUUGUCUGCUGCAGUUUCCCCAACAAGCAGAGAUCUGCAGAGCCAUCGCCCACCGUCAUGAGCUCAUCUCUCGGCAACAACUUGUCUGAGCUGGACCGUCUUCUCCUGGAACUAAAUGCUGUGCAGCAAACCCCAUCCAGCAGCCUGUCUGCAGGUUAGUAAUGACUACACAAUUCUUCAAUUUAACUGUAAAAACUAUUCCUUGUUUCCUGAUAGUGGUAAAUGUGUUUGAUAUCUGUGUGUUGCAUUUUUUGAUAAUUGUGGUACAUUUCACCCACAUUUUAUAGUCUUUCAGUCUUAAAUUUUCAGAUUUAAAUAGCCCUUCCAAGGUGGAGGCUUUCCUACCAAUGUGGAAACCUAUAUUACAGAUAAGGCAAGGUGCCUCAUAAUUUAAAAAAAUUCAGGGCUGGUCAGGGAAUAUUUGCCACAAAUGACCCAUAGCUUAUAUCUGUGCCCUGGGCAUCUUUCUGCCAAAAACUUAGAGUGCGUGUCUAGUUUCUUCCAUGCACCGCUGUCAUUCAUCUGUUAGUAGGAGCCUGUCACAUAAAAAAUCAUCUUCAGGUAGCUAGAUAUUGUAUGGUAGAUAGAGGUCAAGCACACAGGUAUUUAAAGUUACACUGCUAUAUUGUGGGUUUUACAGGACUGAAUUCUCUAAUGUAAACUCUCCAAAGGGAGUGUGUCUCUUUGCACAUGUCUCUUUGCAUUUAUUUUUAUUCUAACAGGUGCUGUAAGUCCAGCAUAUUUUUAUAAUCUAGUUUUCUUCCUCACAGAUGAUCUGAGCAGAACCCUAGCUGAACCCACAGUGCCUGCAACUCUCUAUAGUGCCUCAGACAGCUCAGUGUCUGCAAGUAUGAAGAAUGUGCCAGCCACAAAAGAAAAGCCCAAACGUAAUGGUGCCCGUGGGAUCGAGGAUGUCCGUCCUAGUGUGGAGUCUCUUCUAGAUGAGUUAGAAAGCUCUGUGCCCAGUCCAGUGUAAGUUUCUCCUUACUUAGUCUCAGUAUUGUUUAGGGAUCGACCGAUUAUCGGUUUUACCGAUAUAAUCGGCCGAUAUUCGGUAUUUUCGGCAAUAUCGGUAUCGGCCAAUUCAGAUACCGAUAUUGCCGAUAAUACCUCCUAGGACCGCCAGGCUCAUUACAAGCCCAGCGGUCCUGGGGGGGCAGAGCGCAAGCGCUUACUCACCUCCCAGCAGCUCCUCCAGCUCCCCAGUGUAACUCUCGCGAGACCCGCGGCCGUCAGAGCGUUGCCAUGGAUCACCAUGGCAACGCUCCGCGCGACACGCUGGCCGCGAGAGUUGCACUGGGGAGCUGCUGGGAGGUGAGUAAGCGCUUGCUCUCCGCCCCCCCCAGCUCAGCCAAUACCACUGGACCACCAGGGACUGUCAUAUACCUGGCCAGGUAACAAGCAGGGAGGGGGGACAAAAAAUAAUAAUUAAAUAUAUAUAUAAAAAAAUAAUUUAAUAAAAAAUUCCCCCUCACACACUCCAUUAUAUACACAGACACUACACAAACACACUGUGUAUAUAAUGCAGUGUGUGUUUGUAUAGUGUGUGUUUGUAUACAAUGCACACAAAUACACUGCAUUAUAUACACACACUAUACAAACACACUCUAACUGCAUUAUAUACACACACACAAACUGCAUUAUAUACACACACUAUACAAACACACACAAACUGCAUUAUAUACACACACUAUACAAACACACACAAACUGCAUUAUAUACACACACUAUACAAACACACACAAACUGCAUUAUAUACACACACUAUACAAACACACUGUGUAUAUAAUGCAGUGUGUUUGUGUAGUGUGUGUAUAUAAUGCAGUGUAUUUGUGUAGUGUGUGUAUAUAAUGCAGUGUAUUUGUGUAGUGUGUGUAUAUAAUGCAGUGUAUUUGUGUAGUGUGUGUAUAUAAUGCAGUGUAUUUGUGUAGUGUGUGUAUAUAAUGCAGUGUAUUUGUGUAGUGUGUGUAUAUAAUGCAGUGUAUUUGUGUAGUGUGUGUAUAUAAUGCAGUGUAUUUGUGUAGUGUGUGUAUAUAAUGCAGUGUAUUUGUGUAGUGUGUUUAUAUAAUUCAGUGUGUGUUUGUGCAGUGUGUGUUUGUGCAGUGUGUGUUUGUGCAGUGUGUGUUUGUGCAGUGUGUGUUUGUGCAGUGUGUGUAUAUAAUGCAGUGUGUGUGUUUGUGUAGUGUUUAUAUAAUGUAGUGUGUGUAUAUAAUGCAGUGUGUUUGCAUAGUGUGUGUAUAUAAUGCAGUGUAUUUGCGUAGUGUGUUUAUAUAAUGCACACUACACAAACACACUGCAUUAUAUACACACACUAUACAAACACACACUACAUUCACUAUACACACACUACACAAAUACACACACACUCUGCAUUCAUUAUAUGCACACACACUUUGCAUUUAGUAUAUACAGCAUUCACUUUACGCACACUACCCACACACUACACAAACACUCUGCUUUCAUUAUAUACACACUACACUAAUACACACUGCAUCCACUACACACACUAAACAAAUACACACUGCAUCCACUACACAAACACACAUUGCAUCCUCCACACACACUACACAAACACACACUGCAUCCACAACCCACACACUACACAAACACACACUGCAUCCACAACCCACACACUACACAAACACACACUGCAUCCACUACACACACACAAAGACACACACUGCAUACACUACACACACACUACACAAAGACACACACUGCAUCCACUACACACACACACACACACACAGCUCCCCUGUCACACUGCAUCCACUACACGUGGCAUGUAUAUUUUGUGCAUUUACCUUUAGAAAUAGUUUUUAUUUUCCAAAAUGGUAAAUGUACAGAAUAUCGGCAAAUUAUAUCGGCUAUCGGCCUGAAAGUUCACAGAAUAUCGGUAUCGGUAUCGGCUCUAAAAAAUCAAUAUCGGUCGAUCCCUAGUAUUGUUACACUUGGGUGUUUGACCCAUGGCUGCUGUUUACAUACAGCCUGGAUCACAAUAUAGUGAAUCGGUCUGUUAUGUGCUGCUCCUAGAACCAUUUAUAUUGCGCAUGCACCAUGCACAAUCCACACAGACUAAAUUGGAAAGAUUACCCAGAACUAAGUGGUCCAGGCUGCCUGAUUGAUAGUCCCGUUGGGAGUUCUUGUAGUGGCAUAAUGUCAAUGGUGUUGUUUUUUGUUUGUUGUUUUUAAACACACAAAUUCCUAGCGUUAUAAACCACUCUCAGAACUGAGAGUGGACUCAGGAAAUUCUAACCACCAUAUACUUUGCAGUAACGCAAAUAUGUUAUGAUGCUUAUACUGACCUUUUAACUGUGAGCACAUUAGGUCACAGUUGUUUAAUCCUGCUUAUUAUGUCUGUCCUGCAGUCCAUCGAUAACCGUGCCGCUGGGUGAGAUGAACAACCCGCAGCGAGUCACUUCUAGUCAGCAGCAAACCCGAAUCUCUGCUUCCUCUGCUACACGUGAGCUUGAUGAGCUGAUGGCCUCUCUGUCUGAUUUCAAGGUAGAUCAUAUUGACACUAUGCAAUACUCUGUCUUAACACACUUCUUAAGUGUUUCUUUCCCACAAGCAUACCAUAUGUAUUACAUUUUUGUUUAUCAGAUCUAUUGUUUCUGUUCCAAAGCUCUUGUUCCAUGAACAUCUUUCACAUCCAGAAAAAAAUAUGCACACACCCAUCUAUGAUGGUAUGUCUCCUGUGAACCUUGGGUCUUUCAUUUCCUGGAGAUGUGACAGACAAGCAGAAUCAGAGAAUUGCACUCUGAAAGCCAAGCCUACUAAAAAGUGAUGGGCAUUGGAGACAGGAGUGUGUAAGGCACAAGUAAAUUUAGUGUAUUCUAAGAGUGAAGGCUGGCCACAUGGAAUCUUAAUUAGUCUCUGUCCAUUAUUAGCAGCAUUCUGUGUAAGGUUCACUUUGUCUGCUUUUUUUUUUUUUUUUUUUUGUGUCGUUGCAAUACAUUCUGGUGGGAAUAGCUGUAUAGCAUAGUACAUACAUGGCACAAUCGAGUAUAAGAAUACAUUGUGUAGUGCGGUUCGUACCUUAUUGUCUACAUUGUCACAAGCUGAAAUGUACUGUUAUUGAUGACACUUUUUGACAUUGUCGCAUCAUCACAUUAAACCAUUAACCAGUUAACUGCGCGGAGGAGCAGGGGCCCCGGCCCGACACCUCGUUGAUUUUGUCGCUUUCAGCUUGUGGUGAAUGGUGUCGACACGAGGCACUUUGUCUGCUUUUUUGUUACUCUGUUACAGUUUUUAGAACUGGACUUUGCAACAUAAAUCAGUAUGUGUGUUCCUACACAGGAGACUCUCUAUUUUUCCAUACGUCCAUGCGGCAGUCAUCACAAAUUGUUAGUUGCCCCUUUCCUCUCAAGGAGCAGGUAGAGUUGAAAAGGUUAAUAAACUGAAAAAUGCACACUCCAGUCCCAUUUUCCUCCUCCUCCUAGAAACGGUUUUCUGUAAGUCACAUGUUUUAUUAUUAAUUUCUUCAGAUAUGCUGUGAUUCAUUUCACCCAUCCUGUAGAAGAGCACUUUGGGGGGUAAUGAAACCAUAUUGGAAUGAAAUUGAUUAAGUACAUAUAACGUUAUACAAUGCAAUGCAUUAAGCAUUCAUAUAACGAAAACUUUGUACAGCAGAAUAUACAGAAAUUAGCAAUAAAAGAAACAAGCACAUUUAACACCGUUAAUGAUCAAUAAAUCCAAAUAUACAAUAUGUUUUACUUUUUUCUUUCAAACGGAGAUGGGAUGCUUUUGUUUCAUAUUCAGGAUAACAGCAUGGUUUUAUAUUAACCAACUCUAAUUGUUGUUCCUGCAGCAUUAUAAAAUCAUACAUGGGUUGAAGAAAAACACUGUUAAGAGUGCAGGAGUUGUAUAUAUCCUGUCACAUCUUACCUGUACUUGAACAUACUAUCCCUCCUUUCCAUUUACAAAGCUUUGCAGAAACAAAAAUUGAGCAAUACAUAUCCUUUUAUGUUUAUAUAUAAUAGCAAUACUAAUCUACAACCUAUACAAGUUAAAUAUUAAAAUCUCAAUACGAGUAAAAGUUGCAGUGUAUGUAUCUUCUAUAAUAUGAACCAAAGUGUAUAGAUAUGUAAAAACAAAACUAACUAGCAGUAUAUACAAUGUAUGUUUAAAAGUCACAAUAUAAGUGAGAAUUAUAAGUGCAUGGAUAGUCUAUAUGGGUGAACAAAAUCACAGUGCAAUGUGAGCCAAAGUGUACCUAUAUUCAAAGAAAAAUAGUCCCAAAAAUAGUAACUGAAGAAUGUAGUAAAUAUGUUAGACUUAACAGUGAUAUUGUAGUGGAUGGUGCAGAAGGAAACAUUCUUAAAAAAAAAUUAAAAAAUUAAUAUAUAUUAAUGUAUACUAUAUGUGUGUGUAUAUAUACAUACACACACACAUAUAGUAUAAUACUGUUGGAUAUAAGCAGGUAAAAAUGUGUAUGGAGGUUACCCACAUGAUAAAUCCAGUACAUUCAUGGAAUGAGGAGAGAUGUCACUCAAUAUAAUUGAAUUAAUUGAGGUGUUUUUUAAUUAGAUACUUUAAAAUAAAAUCUGCAAAAAAUCCAUAUAAAAGGGAAUAAAUUUCACUAAUCAGAGGGUUCGGAAGUGUGGAUUCAAGCCACUCCUCCAAACCCUUUGGGUUGAGAGACGGGAAUCUUGCUUCCUGACUAUGGUGACAUCACUCGCAUAUGCUCAGUGCCGUCAUGGUCUUCCACGGAGAAUCAUUGCAUUCAGUGAUUCAAUGACAGAAUCGUAGGUGCAUUGCGAUGAGCGCGGUGCCUGCUUCUAAGGUCUCUAAUACUCCUCUGAGGAGCAUUGGAUGAUCCGUCAUCCUUGAGGCACACACCCAUGAUGAUGGAGAGGAGAUUGUGGCAGUGCUGAGGGAGACUCGGCGCUGUUGAAAAGGUGAGUAAUUUGUUUGAUUUGAAUUAUUUAGGUUGAUUUUAAUUUUUUUAACUCCUAGAGGGGACCUAAUUGAAAAGGGUCAUCAGGGCUGUAGCGUUAGGAAUACAUGUGUAUUACUAACGCUACAGUGUUUCUUUAUGGGCAUGGUAGCCGAACUGAAAACAUAGCUAACUUUUUUUCAGCUUGGCUAUUUUGGCCUUAAGUGUGUAAUUCACUUUGAAUUCCUGACAAUUUUCACUCUAGUGAAUACAAGAAUCACUCUGUGUGUAUGUUUUGUUACAACCUUCUCCUCUAAACUGUUGCACUAUGUUGGUCCAUGUAACUGUUCCUCUACUGUGCCUGAACCUGUGGUGUCAGUGUGAGGGACUGGAACUGAUUAAUACAAAUGCUGCAUACCAUAGAUGUUUACCAGUUUUUACAAAUCAUGGUUUGUCUCAUUUUACAUGAGUAGGCUACUGCCCUGUUUUGUGGGAAAACUGAAUCUUUGUGCUAUAUGACAUACCAUACCAUGUCUGACACUGAAAAAUUGUGUGUGUACAUUGUUCAUGGAUUCACUGAGACCUUUGCUUCUUGUGAGUUUUAUCCAAAAUUAUUGAAUUAAUGGAACAUUAUAGUAUUAUGAAUAAAACAUGUAUUCUUAAUGCUACAGUGUUCCACUAUUUAUUUAGGUGAUCACCCUCAUGUGUUGUAAAAAAUGCAUUUUUGCUUUUAGCUCUCACCAUGCCAGCAUUCAGAAAGCAUUGGGAGGAGUGUGUGCAUACACAACAAAUUUUGUUACAGCAUCUCAGAAUAGAAAUGCAUUGAUUCCAUUCUGAAUGUCUUUUUUGCAAUGUUUGACCCAAGGAAGUCCCACUAAUGACUGUCUGAGGGACUUGGCCAGCAGUGUAAAUCAUUCUUGUUACUAACCCUGCAGGGACCAGCUAUAAGGCCCAGAACCACUAUAUUAAAAGAACACAAACUUGUAUCCUGGCCCUAUAGUGUUAAAACCACCAUAUAGCCCCUCAUGCCUCCCUAAAUAAAGCAAAAUCUUACUUGUAUUCAAGCCUGAAGCUGUAGCUCUGCAUGCUGUUUGCCUCAUAAUAGCAAGCUGUCUGCUGACAUCAGAAGUGGUAGCCUGAUCCAAUCACAAUGCUUCCCCAUAGGAUUGGCUGAGACUGACAAAGAGGCAGAUCAGGGGCAGAGCCAGCACAAUUCAAACACAGCCCUGGCCAAUCAGCAUCUCCUCAUAGAGAUGAAUUGAAUCAAUGAAUCACUAUGAGGAAAGUUCAGUGUCUGCAUGCAGAGGGAGGAGACACUGAAUGUUUGGAUGCAUUUUAGGCAGCCAUGACCCAGGAAGGAUCUCUAACAGCCGUCUUUGGAGUGGCCAGUGAAGUUAUCACUAGGCUGUAAUGUAAACACUGCAUUUUCUCUGAAAAGACGGUGUUUACAGCAAAAAGCCUGAAGGUAAUGAAUGAUUCUACUCACCAGAACAAAUUCAAUAAGCUGUCGUUGUUCUGGUGACUCUAGUGUCCCUUUAAGCUGUAAUGGUUAUGGAAACUAUUGUGUCCUUUUAAAUCCGAUACAAGAGAUGGAAAUCUUGCAAGAAAAAUGAAAUAGGUGGAAACUUGUCUGCAUUCUUAGGUUGGGAAUCUUGGUUUACUUUUUGCAAUGUUUUAUUUUUUUAUUUAUUUUUUUUAUUUUUUUAAAUCAUCUCAGUUCUCUCUUUAGUUUAUACCAGCUGUACCUGUUCUUUUGCAUUAAUGAACCAUCUGCCACUUCUAAAUCAAGCACUGGACAAGGAGGCUUCCUAAAUAGCAUUAUGUUGAGAGUCUUGUUCUUUCUUAGAAAGACCUGGCAAUGGAACAAACAUUCAUUGUGCAUAGCAGUAACUGAUGUGGAGGGGGGGUACAUGUGUUUAGCCUGGACUCUUAAAACAGUUACAAUGAUAUAAUGAUCUAUCUUUGACUUUCCUUUCUAUCACCUCUCAUGCAGACUUGCCACACCUUUUCUGAGCCAAUUUAUGAAGUUUGUAAAGGCAAUCCUAACAUGCCUACUGCCCAAAGCUCAUUGUGUACAACACCUUUGUGCACAAUGUUGUGCAAUGGAAAUGAUCUCCCACCAAGCUGCAGUCCUUCAGUCCUCCUGCAUAUAGAUGAGGAAGAGAGUUCUGCUUUAAUGACUCCUCUAGACAAAGAGCCUGUCUCACUUGUUUGUAGAACAGGAGUAAAGGAUGCAGGAUUUGUACAUGGCAGUGACCAAACUGUAAGUAGCCCUUGCAGCCCCAUAUACUCAAAUUUUCACACGCCUUUAGCAAGCUACAGUGGUGUUCCUGGUCUCAGGAAAGAAGACCAUAAUGAUUUUCAUUUGGCAUAUUCACAAGAAAAGCCUACAGUUCAUUCUGAUCAAGUACAUGAUAAAUAUCCGUGGCAACUGCAAACUAUGUUACCUGAACAUGCUAACUCUGAAUUUGUAAAACGUAAAGAGAAUAUGAGUUUGGAUCUGAAUAGUCUCACAUCAAAUGCGAAAGAAUUACAGUAUUCAGUUCUGGAAACUCCAGAUGCUUAUAAAAUAAAUCAAGAUCAAGAGAAUUUUAAUUCUGAAAUGGAAUUACUAAGUAUGCAGAAUGCGGUCAGUACUGCUAAUGGGGACUGUGGACAUUACAGGAGUGAAAAUCCUCUACUGCAUACCAAUACGUUUGAAUCGUCUUGGACAGAGGAGACACAACAAAUUCCGAUUCCCGAGAUGUCUUCGCGGGAAAGGAUUUCUGCUUCACGACAGGCAAGCACGAAGUUUGGUUGACAUCCUUCGCAUGACACCAAAUGCAUGUCUAAAUUUUACAUCUGUUUCGGUCAGGUGCAUGAUAUGUUACAGGAAAUAAUAUCCCUUGCAUAGUUUUUUGGAAGUCCUUGACCUUUAACAUAUCCUACUGUGUUUUCAGUAAAUCUUAUAGGAAGUAAUACCUGUGGCAUGAUCGUUCAGUGUACACAUUAGGUUUUUCUGUUGAAAAUAGGGAAAAGUGUUCGUGUCGCUGCAUUCAGUUGUUUGCCGUGGAUUUUGCAGUUUUUCGACUUUCUCCUGUGAGCCCAUAUCCUUAAUGUUAUGCCUUGUUGUUCAGAUGAAAUCUGUUAUUAAAAGGACAAAAGAAACUCCCAAUGUACACCCCAUGUCCCGUGAUUUGUCCCCUCGGAGAAAAUAUGGCCCAGCCAUAUACAACAAAAGCCCCACUCAGGACCGUCUGAUUGAAGAGCUGCAUGGACGCUUUGGAAUAGACAAACAGGAGACUUGCAAGAGCCCAGAGGAUAACUGGCUGACAGAGGGAGUGAUCAUCACAUCUCGGCCAUCUAAAAAUAUGGAGCAGCCAGAACAGAGGAUUGAGAAGGUAGAGCAGGAAAAAAAAAUUAGGCAGAUGAUGUGGUGUGUUUUAUGACUUGUUGUGGAAAGACUUGCCUGGAAGGUUUUGGAGCCUGUGUGUCUUGGAAGAUAAGUGGGAUCACUGAAGGGUAUAAAAUGUAUGGAUGCCCAAGAUGCUUAAAGGAAAUAAUCUCACAAUGCUAAGCUGUAUUUUGUCAAAUAUAAUAGAACGCUUAAAGCAAACUAACAUUUUUUAAUAGGAAUCAAUCGCACACAAUAAAGUAAAUUCACACCUUAAUGGUUGCAUUACUACUGCACUCCUAGUAUUUGUGUGAUUUACAUAAUUCUGAGAUGCAGUUGGUAUGCCCUCAUGCAGCUUGUAUGAGUAAUUACGUGGAUCUGUAAUAGUUUCAAUGAUUUCCUAUUGUGAUACAAGUAAAAAGUGACUUACUCCUUGCUUAAAUACAUUUUUUUAACUUGUGUCCAAGUUUUCAAGGAACACUCCAAGCACCAUAACUGCUACAGAGUGCCUUGGCACCCUCCCAAAUAAAGUAAUCAAACCAUUAUAGAACAGUUUUACUUCAUAUGCCUUUUGAGAAAGAAGGGAUGGAUACAAAAAGCCCAUUCCUGACAGGCCCACUUAACUUUGAACAUUUUGUGUCUACAUCCCUAGAGGAGCUAGACUACUCUUCAUCCAGUUCUUAAGCCGCAAUAUCAUUCCACAAUUUAGGUAUUUCCUAGUUCUGUGUCUUUAAGACUGGGUUGGGAAACACUGUCUUAUAAUUUAGUGUUUUGGGAAAGCAUUAGCAUGUGUUCAUUUUUAAGGAGGUAAUUUUUUUCCCCUUUUACGUUCCUACCAUUUUUUUUCCCUUCUCCAUUUAGAUAAUUAUACCUCCAGAUUCUCCACAGCUUAUGAGAAAAAUAUUUCCAGGCACAUCUUCUGUUGGCUCAGUUGUUGGAACCAGAUUAGUAUCUAAGUCGACAUCUCCAGCACAGCCACCUUCUUUCCUCCCUCCUCCAGCACCUCCAUUGCCCCCUCUAUCAACUCCAUUCCGUUCCCAUGCCUUUAGUACAUUUCCCCCUCAGCCCUGGACCUCCAGAAAAAGAUAUAGUGAUGAUUACCAGGAUUUGUCUCAGACUGUCCCAGCUCAGGAAGACCACGUACAACCUCCUCAUGAACAGAUUCCCGCUGGCUGGUUCUAUACUACCUCUUCUGUGAGAUCUUUGCCUCACCGCAAAACCUGUGUCUCUGUUGGCUGCCAGACUGACGAUAAUCCACUAUUUCCACCAAUUCAGGCAUGGAACUUGUUAAUUGUUCAGUCCUUUGUACAACAUAAAUACGUUAACAUUUUAGAAUGGUGUUUAUAACCAUUACUAUGCUUGAUAGUGGUCGGUGGUGUAUAAGUUUUGAUGAGUAAGAAAGCAAAAUCUAGUCUUUUAAAGGCAUUUCCAUUACAUACUGUAGAGUGUGUCCUCUUUGAAAUUCACGUUGUUAAUGGCUUACAUUAAAAAUUAGCAUGUUGGACUUUAAGCAGUAGAUGAAUAAUGUUGCGGAUUGAGAGAUAAAUCUGUUCCUGGACUGACAAGUCCUUCUUAGUAUGCUAUGUACCUUCUUUUGAUAGUUCGAAUGCGUCGAUUUCCUACCAAACAUCUGUUUUAAACCUCUUCUGUUUUCUGAUCUGUAUUCAUUUCCUUCCAGGUGAAUUCAGCUCUCACCUCUAGCGAUUCUUCAUUACUUGCCACUCGCCCUCCUCCAAGUCCCUCAGUCUCUGACAAGGCAGGUUUCCCAAACAGUGUAUGCUGAUUGGGUUGUGCUUGUUGUGCUUACAUUGCCCCCUAGUGCAAUGUUUAAAUGUUUUUCCCAUUUUCCCCAUAAUGUUUUGGUUUUGAUUCAGUUGUCAACCAUAACACGUGUAGAGAUUCUACUGCAAUUGUUUGUUUUGUUGUGAAAUAACUUUGCAUGCUGUCUAUUCAGCAUGUUUAUAAAUUUAUUUUAUACUGCUCAUUCUAAAUAAUUUAUUUCUCUUUAUUGUGGUCUCCAGUUAGUUGGCUCCUUCUGUUCAAGUCUCCCUGGGCCAAUGUCUGAACACAGAAACUUGAUACCUAAUGGUGAUGCCAUCGAUGGAUCUUCCAUGUCUUUUGUUUUAAACACUGAAUCGCCCUCGGUAUUUAAAAAUGUUAAGAACACCUUUUUUGAGUGCUCAUAUUUGUCUGGAUCUUAAGUAGAUGCCUCUCGGGGAUGAUGUCUGUAUAAAAAAAAUAAAAUAAUAAAUAUAUAUUACAUAUCUAUUACACAAAAUAAUACAAUUAUUUUCUUGGUAAAUUAGUUUUUCAUUGUAUUUUACAUUGUGACAAUUCUUGAAUUUUUUUUCAGUUCAUGGCAGGGAAGUCUGUGAGCAGUUCCCCUCCCUCCAACACACCCAAGCCUGGCAGCCAGCUGGAUAACAUGCUGGGUAGUCUGCAGUCUGACCUCAAUAAGCUGGGGGUUGCAACGGUGGCCAAAGGAGUGUGUGGUGCAUGCAAGAAGCCGAUUGCUGGUCAGGUAAAGUAUAAUUUACUACUGUUGGGAAAAGCCCUUGAAGCCAUCACUGGCAUUUAUUAAAACUGUUUCUCUGCAGGUUGUCACAGCGAUGGGGAAGACUUGGCACCCUGAACACUUUGUGUGCACACACUGCCAGGAAGAGAUUGGGUCCCGCAACUUCUUUGAGAGAGACGGGCAACCCUACUGUGAGAAGGAUUAUCACAAUCUCUUCUCCCCACGCUGUUUCUACUGCAAUGGGCCCAUCCUGGAUGUAAGUUCGAAUGCUUAAACGAUUGUAAAAUAUGUGAAGCUUAAUAAUUGUGUGUGUAUAUAUUUUGUGUGAUUAAAAAUGGUUUACUACUUCUUUUUUUUUUUUCUUGUUUCAACAGAAAGUAGUGACUGCUUUGGAUCGGACAUGGCAUCCGGAGCAUUUCUUCUGUGCACAGUGUGGAGCUUUUUUUGGGCCGGAAGGUAAGUAUCCUCGACAGGCCGGGCCUUAAUCGUUGGUACCAGAUGGAAAUCCAUAUUGAAUAUAUGUACAUUCUGUAAAGCAUCGGUUCACUCUGUCUUCUAGUUGUACUCACAUGUGGGUGGCCUUUUUUGGGUAUCCCGUGCUCUAGUUCUAAUGCAUUAGAAAGCACAGGAGGGAUACUGUAGCACAAGGAAAGAAAGGGAAAUUUGCAAAUGUGCAAACAUGAUGUGCGUGUUCCAACCAUGGAGACCCGUUGAAAAUAUAGUGGGCAAGUCCUUUUUGGGUUCUGUCCAAGAGUUAAGUAUUGAUUUUUCAUGUGUAGUCCUUUUAAAAUCAAUAGGCAGUAGGUUUUUAUUUUUAUUUUUUUUUAUAAAAAAAAUAAUUUUCUUGUAAUUAAAGUGCUACUGAACAUGUAGGCCAUAUGUACUAAAUUUUCCCUUUUCUCACCACUCCCCUUAUUCCCCCCUAUAGGAUUCCAUGAGAGGGAUGGAAAAGCUUACUGCCGCAAGGACUACUUUGAUAUGUUUGCUCCUAAGUGUGGUGGAUGCACUCAUGCUAUCCUUGAGAACUACAUCUCUGCCUUAAAUACACUCUGGCACCCAGAGUGCUUUGUCUGCCGGGUAUGGAUCUUUUAUUCAAAGCUUUAUUUUUUUUUCUUGUUUCCCAACAAUGUUUAAAUUUUUUUGCUAGUCCCCUGUUUUUUGUUUUUUUUUACCUGUUUUAAACAUAGAAACUUGCUGCUACGCUUCUUCUCACAUUGUAUACCGUGCACCUUGCUGCUAUGCAGGCCUUUUAUUUUAUGCUAUAUGUGUUGUGAGUGUCCGCACAGUAUACAGUGACUCUCGUUGCUACACUGACCCUCAAGUGCAAUAUACCGUGCAUCUGAUUGCCACGCAUACUGUCUCACCAUGUAGAAUGUGCACCUUGCUGCUACUGCUUGCCAGUUCGCCCAUAUAGUAUUCAAGGGAGAUAUUAAGGCUCCGGCUAAAUAAGUGUUAGGCAUCACAGUCCUGACAUUCAGAGGCAAACGCAGUUAAUAUCAUUUUAAAGGCACACUAUAUUCACCAGAACAACUACAACUUAAUGUAUUCUCUUGAAUAUAACAUUCCCUGCAGAGAAAAGGCAGUGUUUACAUUGCCCCCUAAGGAUACCUCCAGUGGCACCAUAGCUGUUUCGUCUCAUUAAAGUGAUUAUAGUGUCCUUUUUUAAAAAUGCUUUAAUACUAAAUCCUAGCAACCAAUUAACUCUGUACUAUUUGGGCUAAUGAGGAAGCAUUAGCCUGAGCAACAAUGUCUGGCUGUGAUUGGCUAAGACUACCGCCAAUGCUGGUGUGAAUCCGUAUUGCUAUGAGGAAGUGUGUCAUCUCUGCCUUAGCCACAUCUGGUGGGCUAUGGACUCUCAUUCAGUAGUGCUAAACAUCUCAAAAACACUAAAUGGAACAGUGCUAUGGGACCCCAGGCACUAUAACCAGUUCAAUGACAUUAAAUAAUUAUAGUGCCUACUCUGUGUCCAUUUUAUAUUUUAUAUAUUUCACUAGCUAAUAUAGUACCACUACUAAUACAGACUGGUAUAGUAGUGUUUAACCAAGACUCUUCUUCAAUCAGAUAUACAUUGUUAUAUUGUGCGUUGUACAAAUACGGUGUUGUUUGGUCUCUAGCUUCGGUAUAAACAACCUACAAUAAGAAAAAGAAAUGCAUAGCAUGAUGUUUUCUUUUACCUAUACCCUACAAUUCUUUUCUUUUUAACUUUCAAGGUGUAACAUUUUAAAUCCCUUUCCACUCAGGAAUGUUUUACCCCUUUCAUCAAUGGGAGUUUCUUUGAACAUGAUGGGCAGCCAUACUGUGAAGUGCAUUACCACGAGCGUCGGGGUUCUCUCUGCUCCGGCUGCCAGAAGCCCAUCACUGGCCGCUGCAUCACCGCUAUGGGAAAGAAGUUCCAUCCAGAGCACUUUGUCUGUGCGUUUUGCCUGAAGCAGCUCAAUAAAGGGACAUUCAAGGAGCAGAACGACAAGCCCUAUUGCCAGAACUGCUUUGUCAAGCUAUUCUGUUAAGAGAUCAAUGCACUGUAUCCAUACAUUUCAUUCACCUGGGUGGGUGUGAGCAGCUCUUUUUCUGGAAGAGGGUCAACCAGGGUGAUCUGGAACACUGGUGGGGAGGGAGCUUCAGUCUGUUUUUCUUUAGUGGAGAGAAAAGUUCUUCACUUAUUCAAUAUUAAUCUCUUAUUAGGUGCUUCUGUAAGGGUGGGACUGCACCUGGCCAGCUCCUUGCUAUUAAAGGAACAUCUCGCAUUGCCGGCACGAGACCCUUCAUUAAAAAAGAAACCUUGAACUUCUCUCUCUUUUUUUUUUUUGGGUAUAAAAUCCUGCUACUGACAUGACGGCACAUGCUGAUGGCUAUUAUAUACCUACUAGUGAGAGAGAAUUUUUUUUACUAUGCAGCACAUGAAGGGUCUCAUGUAGACACUCCAAUGCACGAGUAUUUUAGUAGAUUGGAAAGGAGUAUGUUUUAAGCCCAACCUUGCAUUUAGAAAGAAGCAAGAAUGGAAAUUGCACCUUUUGAGCUUUAAUUAUGUGGAAAGACGUUGCUGGUAUAGAUGGAAAUGUUUAAAAAUUGCAGCAAUAACUUUUUUUUUUUCCUCUGACAGUUACUGGUAACUUGUCUCCUAGCUGGUGAGCAUGUGAUUUCUCACAGCUGACCUAUUUUCUUUUUUUUUUUCUCUCCUUCACAUUUCUUGCCUUUCAAAUAGAAGAGCAGGAUUUCUUAAAGUUUCAUUAACUCAUUUCAUCCAAUUUAAUGACAAAAUAAGAGAUUUGUUUUAUAUAUAAAUGACAUAUAUGCAUAUAUUACAUAUAAAGCCAAUUAUUCCAGUGGGACUGGAUUUAAAUUUUCUUUUUGAUUAGUGCUUUGAUUAAACCUAGCUAACAUUGCAGUAUUUUUAGUGUGAAAUUACUGUAUUAACACAUUUUGACCAUUUGUGAAUUUUGAAAACUGUAUUGCAAAUUUCAGUCACGUGUGGAUGUUUAUGCCAAAAUACGGUGGUGUGUUUCUACUGACCACUCGGUCUGUAAACGGUUUUCUGUCCUUACUCCAGUUACCCGUGGUAAUCUGGGAAGGCCAUUUUGUAUUAAUGCAGUUUAAUGGUAAUUAGAUUGGGUUCUAUAUUCAAACCAAAAUUCUUAAGGGGAAAUUAUCAUGGAGAAAACACAAUUCUAGGUAAGCAAUAGAUGCUUUUAUUCAUUGGUGCUGCAAAAGAGCACAUGAAUUCAUGAUGAAUUAGCAGCAAUCACAUCUAGACUGGGUUCUGUUUGCUGGCCUGCAUGCGUUCUGUUUUCAUAGGAUUCUGUAAGGAAUUACUGGGCUCUUUGUAAUUUUUUAUGGUUGGCUAAAUCUCUCAUCUUUGGUUAAAUAUAAAAGUAAAGAAUUCAGUAAGUAACCUAGACCACAUUUUGUAUUUAAUUACCAUAACUUGCAAUAAGGUGAUAAUUUCCCUUUAAGGUUUGGUAGUAAGGUCUUAUGUUUGAGGGGGGUGUAUUUUAUUUUUUUUUUUCCUUGGUUUUUCUGCAUGCACUGUUCCUACAAGAAAAACAACCAACAUGACAUUUUCAUUGCUGUUUGAAAUGCCAAAGAUAAUGCAAAAAGAUAAUGUGUCCAAGCUGCCUUUAUCCAGGAACACUUUGCUUGGCACAUAACUUCUUGUGUGGUUAUUACUAAAAUUAAAAAAAAAACUAUAUAUACACAUUAUGUAUUAUAGGCGCCCCUUCUAUACUGUUGUGCACUACAGUCCCUGAAACUAAACUUUACUAACAUACUAAUCAUUUUACAUUAAAGGGACACUUUACAGCAGAAACUGUAAUUCAAAGCUGUAUGGUAAAGUGAAAAGGCCUUCUAAGAACCAACAAACCAGCCUUUAAAGGUCCUUUAGCAAAAUGCAAUACCCCUCUGAUUUUAUGAAUGCAGGGCUAUAGAGCUGUGAAUGCAAAACAAGGAGGGCAUUCAGUUAGCAGAGUCUUUAGGGACUAGAUUGCAAUUCAUAAGGAGUUAAAGUUGUAUUGGAACAUCAUUUUUGGUUGUCUGUAAAGUAUGUGAUUGGGUUCUAAAGUUCCUUGUGCAUGGGAUACAGCACGCUCCCACUUGGUGCGUCACCUAUUGCUCAGUAUCAAGUGGCCGUGGUUUUAUUAUAAUUAGUUUUACAACAGGGACUUUACAUUUGCCAAAUUUUGCUUGCAAAACCUCUGACUAAGCUGUACCUUACAGGGAAUUAAGUUUGUUUGGGGACACUUUAUCUAUUUGUCCACCAAUAACUAACUGUUCAGUCUGUAUAGUGUGGGGAGCUGUGCACGUGUCCAAGUGUCAUUGAAGUUAUUUUAAUUUUUAGUAUUGCAGCAGGAAAUCCAGCAAUACAACAUUGUAUAUAUUGAAAGAAACACAAAACAACUUUUUCACUUUUAUAUCAAUGUCCUUUAUGGAAAUUUCACAGGGGUAAGUGUUCCUUUAAUGGGAUUAGUGCACAUCCAUGCUUUGUUACUGGGUCAAAGAGUUCAGCUAACCAUUUUAUUGUGUAUUCAUAAUAAAUUUGUAUCUUGAUUACCUCAUAUUCUUUUACGUCUGUAGUUUAAUUCAACAUUUUCUUCUGUCAUGCAAAGUAACCUGAUGUUAUGUUCUCAGAAUAAGUUAUCUGGUUUCUAGACUCACCAGCAUUUGAAAUCAAAUUUGGAAAUGCAUAAAUUGCUUAACAAUAAAAUAAACUAAAUAGUAUUUUUGCUGAAAGGCUUUUUGUUUGACAGAUGUCAAUUAUUUUUUUUAUUUUUUUUGCAUCUAUGAAAAAAAUGUCAAUACAAUUUAUAAUGAUAUUGUGUUGUUUUUUUGUUUCCCCCUCCCAUCUUUUUUUCUUCUAUUAAUGGAUAUGAUGGUAUUUGUCCAUGUAUUACAUUUAAGACUUCUUUGGAAGGGGAGGAAGGGGGGGUGUCUGUACUGCAAAUAAAGUGGGUUAUUUUAGUAAUAUGUCCAAUUUUCUUAUUAAAAUGCCCACCCCAUUCCAGUAAAUAUUGCAUUGUAAUUUUACAUUGUACUUUCAAAUUUACCAUCAGAUAUAUAAACUAAAUGAAACCCAGUCAAAUACUAGGAGACCGGUUGCAAUAACACAAAAUUAUACCUCUCAGGAUUUCAAAUGGACAAAGAGGGAUACCUUAAUUUUAGGGAUAUGAAUGAAGGUGUGACCAAGGGCAGAACUGUACUGAGAAAUGUUAGGUGAUUUCUUAACAAUUUAUACAACUAAAAUGUAAUAUAAAACAAGAACAAUGUAUCUUAUUUACAAAGACCGAGUUGGGAAUGAUGACCUCGUCAGUGAGAUCACUUGAUCUCACUUGACGGGCUCCUACAAUAUGUGAGGGAGUGGGCUUGUUCCAAAGUGCACACUAAGCAUCCGGGCCACAAUACUUUUCUCCACAGUUACAAUAACCACUUUUAGGGGCUCUUGGGACAAGUCAUUGCCUGUGGGCAGGAGGCUGGCCUUCGAGGUUCUCCAAAGGUCUGUGGCACAGAAGUUUCUGUCACAUACGCUUUAAAGGAAAAUUCUCUGAUUUUUGUAGUGGUUGUUUCUGUUUCCUACAGUGUAUUUUCUCUGUACCAUGGUUUAAUGGCAAAGAUUUAUCGAGGCUAUCCUCACCUUGGUACC